AUGCCAGGAGGCUCUCAGGAACCAACUCCCAGCAUGGCACAAUCUCUCUCCUGCUUCCUCCUGGGGAUUGGCACCACUUACCUCUACUAUUACUGGAGACACGUCUGCAAGGUCAGUGUGCUCGGUAAAUCAUUAACUGCAUCUCCUGCUCAGUCUGCCUUAGUGCCCUGUUUUAAAUAUCACAAACAAAGAGAUGAUGUAAAUAAAAUUUUUACUUCCAGGUAUUAGACUUGUAACUGCAAUAUAGGUAGAGUAAACAACGAUUAUAAAACUAAUAUAUUAUUACAUUAAAUAAAGUGUCAGGAACACAGCACACCAACCCUACACUGCGGGGGGACAGAGCAGCCCACCACACCUGCACCCUCUCACCUAGUAAAAUAAAUGGACAACACAGCACACCAACCCUACACUGCGGGGGGACAGAGCAGCCCACCACACCUGCACCCUCUCGUCUAGUAAAAUAAAUGGACAACACAGCACACCAACCCUACACUGCAGGGUGGACAGAGCAGCCCACCACACCUGCACCCUCUCGUCUAGUAAAAUAAAUGGACAACACAGCACACCAACCCCACACUGCAGGGUGGACAGAGCAGCCCACCACACCUGCAUCCACUCACCUAGUAAAAUAAAUGGACAACACAGCACACCAACCCUACACUGCAGGGUGGACAGAGCAGCCCACCACACCUGCACCCUCUCGUCUAGUAAAAUAAAUGGACAACACAGCACACCAACCCUGCUGCAGGGUGGACAGAGCGGCCCACCACACCUGCGCCCUCUGGAGUCUAGUAAAAUAAAAUGGACAACACAGCACACCAGCCCCCCACACUGCAGGGUGAGCAACCACCACACCUGCAUCCACUCACCCCCUAGUAAGAAAUAAAUGGACAACACCUUUACACCAACCCCUACACUGCAGAUUGGACAGGCAACCCACCACACCUGCCCUCUCGUCACAAUGGAAAUAAAUGGACAACACAGCACACCAGCAACCCUACGAGGACAGGCAGCCCACCACACACCUGCACCCUCUGCGUCUAGUAAGAUAAAUGGACAACUACGGCUACACCAGCCUGCAGGGGACAGAGCGACCCCACCACCUGCACCCUGGGUCAGUAAAAUAAAUGGACAACACAGCACACCAACCCCACACUGCAGGGGGGACAGAGCAGCCCACAACACCUGCACCCCCUCGUCUAGUAAAAUAAAUGGACAACACAGCACACCAACCCCACACUGCAGGGGGGACAGAGCAGCCCACCACACCUGCACCCACUCGUCUAGUAAAAUAAAUGGACAACACAGCACACCAACCCCACACUGCAGGGGGGACAGAGCAGCCCACCACACCUGCACCCCCUCGUCUAGUAAAAUAAAUGGACAACACAGCACACCAACCCCACACUGCAGGGGGGACAGAGCAGCCCACCACACCUGCACCCUCUCGUCUAGUAAAAUAAAUGGACAACACAGCACACCAACCCCACACUGCAGGGGGGACAGAGCAGCCCACCACACCUGCAUCCACUCGUCUAGUAAAAUAAAUGGACAACACAGCACACCAACCCCACACUGCAGGGGGGACAGAGCAGCCCACCACACCUGCACCCUCUCACCUAGUAAAAUAAAUGGACAACACAGCACACCAACCCUACACUGCAGGGGGGACAGAGCAGCCCACCACACCUGCACCCUCUCGUCUAGUAAAAUAAAUGGACAACACAGCACACCAACCCUACACUGCAGGGUGGACAGAGCAGCCCACCACACCUGCAUCCACUCGUCUAGUAAAAUAAAUGGACAACACAGCACACCAACCCCACACUGCAGGGGGGACAGAGCAGCCCACCACACCUGCACCCCCUCGUCUAGUAAAAUAAAUGGACAACAAAGCACACCAACCCUACACUGCCGGGGGGACAGAGCAGCCCACAACACCUGCAUCCACUCGCCAUGGUUCCCAGUCACCAUCAGUGUCUCAUGUGCUUUGCAACAUUUAUUUAAUACAUUUAAAAAAAAUUACAUUAACAAUUACUUUUGUCUUUUGGACAGUAUGUUCUUUAAUAUAGAACAUUUACCACUGUGAAAUUUUUGAACAGGCUGGGCUCUAGCUCGGCAGAGAGAAGAGAAUGGUCAUGGCAGGGGCUCAGUCUCGAAGAGUAGAGGAUGGUAAUGGUAAGGGCUCAGUCUAGGAGAGUAGAGGAUGGUAUUGGUAGGGGCUCAGUCUAGGAGAGUAAGGGUUCAGUCUAGGAGAGUAGAGGAUGGUAAUGGUAAGGGUUCAGUCUAGGAGAGUAAAGGAUGGUAAUGGUAAGGGUUCAGUCUAGGAGAGUAGAGGAUGGUAAUGGUAAGGGUUCAGUCUAGGAGAGUAGAGGAUGGUGAUGGAUAAGGCUCAGUCUAGGGGAGUAGAGGAUGGUAAUGGGUAGGGGCUCAGUCUAGGAGAGUAAAGGCUACUAAUUGUAUGGGCUCAGUCUAGGAGAGUAGAGGAUGGUAAUGGUAAGGGCUCAGUCUAGGAGAGUAGAGGAUGGUAAUGGUAAGGGCUCAGUCUAGGAGAGUAGAGGAUAGUAAUGGUGGGGACUCAGUCUAGGAGAGUAGAGGAUGGUAAUAAAUAGGGGCUCAGUCUAGGAGAGUAGAGGAUGGGUAGGGGCUCCAGGUAGGAGAGUAGAGGAUGGUAAUGGUAGGGGCUCAGUCUAGGAGAGUAGAGGAUGGUAAUGGGUAAGGGCUCAGUCUAGGAGAGUAGAGGAUGGUAUUGGUAGGGGCUCAGUCUAGGAGAGUAAGGGUUCAGUCUAGGAGAGUAAAGGAUGGUAAUGGUAAGGGUUCAGUCUAGGAGAGUAGAGGAUGGUAAUGGUAAGGGUUCAGUCUAGGAGAGUAGAGGAUGGUGAUGGAUAAGGCUCAGUCUAGGGGAGUAGAGGAUGGUAAUGGGUAGGGGCUCAGUCUAGGAGAGUAAAGGAUACUAAUUGUAUGGGCUCAGUCUAGGAGAGUAGAGGAUGGUAAUGGUAAGGGCUCAGUCUAGGAGAGUAGAGGAUGGUAAUGGUAAGGGCUCAGUCUAGGAGAGUAGAGGAUAGUAAUGGUGGGGACUCAGUCUAGGAGAGUAGAGGAUGGGUAGGGGCUCCAGGUAGGAGAGUGGAGGAUACUAAUUGUAGGGGCUCAGUCUAGGAGAGUAGAGGAUGGGUAGGGGCUCCAGGUAGGAGAGUGGAGGAUGGUAAUGGUAGGGGCUCAGUCUAGGAGAGUAGAGGAUGGUAAUGGGUAGGGGCUCAGUCUAGGAAAGUAAAGGAUACUAAUUGUAGGGGCUCAGUCUAGGAGAGUAGAGGAUGGUAAUGGUGGGGACUCAGUCUAGGAGAGUAGAGGAUGGUAACAAAUAGGGGCUCAGUCUAGGAGAGUAGAGGAUGGGUAGGGGCUCCAGGUAGGAGAGUAGAGGAUGGUAAUGGUAGGGGCUCAGUCUAGGAGGGUAGAGGAUGGUAAUGGUAGGAGAGUAGAGGAUACUAAUUGUAGGGGCUCAGUCUAGGAGAGUAGAAGAUGGGUAGGGGCUCCAGGUAGGAGAGUAUAGGAUGGAAUGGGUAGGGACUCUGACAAAGAGGAGUAAAGGGAAUGGUAUGGGUAGGAUCCUCAGGCUAGGAGAGAAUGGUAUGGUUAUGGAUUCCAGCUAGGAGAGAAGAGGAUUUUACUGAUAGCAUAGAAAAUGCCUUUGUCACAAAAUGUGUGGAAUUGCAAUCACUAUUCAUUUCCUAAAUUGUAUGGGCUCCAUAUACGAGAGUAAAGAAUGGUAAGGGUAUGGGCUAUGGGUUGGAGAGUAGAGAAUGGUAUGGUUAUGUGCUCCGGCUAGGGAAGAAGAGGAUGAAAUGGAUUAGGCUUCAUAUUAGGGAUCGACAGAUUAUUGGUUUUACCGAUAUAAUCGGGCGAUAUUUGGUAUUUUCAGCAAUAUCGGUAUCGGCCAAUAAAGAUACCGAUAUUGCCGAUAAUAUAUACCAGGACUGCCGGGCUCAUCACUUUUGUGCAUAUAGAAAUUGUUGUAUUUUUUCAAAAUGGUAAAUGUACAGAAUAUCUGCAAGUUAUCGGCUAUCAGCCUGAAAGUUCACAGAUUAUCAGUAUCGGCUCUAAAAAAUCAAUAUCGGUCGAUCCCUACUUCAUAUACAAUAAUAGAAUGGUAACGGUUGGGGCUCUGGGUUGUAGAGUAGUGGUUCGUAUGGUACGGGCUCCGGCUAGGAAAGAAGAGGAUUUUACUGAUAGCAUAGAAAAUGCCUUUGUCACAAAAUGUGUGGAAUUGCAAUAACUAUUCAUUAAACAUGUAAUUUAUUUUAUUGUGGGAACGUUGAUCUAACCAGAGACCUCGCUUGGUGUCUGCACCUUGUUUCCGUUUCUUCCUUGAGUCUCGAUGUCACGUGGUAAAUGAUGUAUAUCGGCCAACAUUUUGGUGUCUUGAAGGACGCUUACAGACGAUUCUUCGUGUCCUUCUUCUGUCCAAACCACUUGUGUCCUACAGAAAGUGAGUAGAUAUUAUGAAUAUAAGGGAGAUAUAGAGAUAACACAAUCAAAGGCUCUUAUUUAAAUACAAAUGAAACAUGUUUUGUCAUGUGGAAGAGUGGAGGACAUGUAGCCACAGUCAUGAAACCUCAUAGUUUUGGUGUCCAAUAGGUUACACUAUACAAGUCAUUUUCCCAAGGAGGAAAACACACUUAUAAUUUAAACCAAUGCAAAUGGUUCUUAAAGAAAUACUAUGAGCUCCAAAAUAACUUCAGCUUUUUAAAGUGAUUUUUGAGUAUAGAUCAUACUCCUGAAGUCUUACUGCUCAAUUAUCUUCCAUUUAGGAGUUAAAUCACUUUGUUUAUACAACACUGCGUGUGACUCACACCGCCCUCCUAAACAAUGUUUUCACUUCCUUUAUUGCAAAGUCUGUUUAAUUUAGACUUGCUUAUCUCCUGCCCUAUUGAGAGCAUGCAGCAGCCUCCUGUGUGUUCAAUAACAGAACAGGAGACAAUAACUUCUAAAGUAAACAUAGUGUGCUGCAAGAUCUGAUUGAAAAUGGAACCAUUUUGUUUUCAUGCAGGCUGUGUCGGUCACAGCCAGGGGAUAUGUUGCUAGAGCUGCAUAAACAGAAACAAAAGUGGUUUAACUCCUAAACGGCAGAGAACAGAGCAGUUAUAUCGCAGGGGCAUGACCUAUACACCAAAACUAGCUUAUUCACAAUUUAUUCUUCAAGGAUAGCGCAGUUACCCUGAUGUGGUAUUCUGCCCUCUUCAGGAAUACCUGAGAAAUGACAGGCUCAAACCUGGUGAUGCUCUGUGCCCAGAGUUUAUAAACUAACUGCUGGUUUAAAAGUUAUUAAAAUAACAUCUUCAAGUUGUAUUGCUGACACUAUGAGCACAGUUUUAUGUCACAUUUUAUCAUUUAAUUAGAGCAGGGUUCUCCAAACUCUGGCCCUCCAGAUAUUGCUGAACUGCAUCUCCCAUGAUUCUCUGGCUAUCUAUUUCAUUCAAAGAAUUGUGGGGUUGUAGUUAAGCAACAUCUGGAGGGCCAGAGUUUGGAGAACUCUGAACUAGAGGGACAGAGUGCCAACAAAAGCACUGCACCCAUGCUGUAUUCAUGGACACCAUAUUAUUAUUUUGGGAAUGAAAUAUUUUUUAAUAAGCAUUGACCAUGUGUCUGUAAGAUGUGUACGUGAUUUGGUGUGUGCACGUUCAGGAUGGUAUGUGAGACAGUGUGUGUCUGUUUCAUGGUGUAAAAAUAAAGUGUCUCACCGAGAGCGGGCACUCAACAAAAGAGGAGCACUGCUCUCAAUGGAACAGUGUCAGUGUGGGUAGUACCUGCCUAGCCAGGGCAUGAACCCAAAUAUAAAACUGGAAAACAGAUUAGAUGAAGGUAUAGAGGAGAUUCCCGGAAAUGGCUACAUUGUAUUAUACAGACUUUAUUAUGAAUGGUCCAAUGUACAAGGUAACAACGUCUAAAUAACGAUGUAUAGUAGUAGAGACCUGUAUUAAAAUAAGUAAGUAGUACACAGGAUUAAGAAUAAAAGUAGAUGGACACACGUUUCCUCUGAUAACCCUGUAAAUAGAGGAGGGGGUCAGUAUCUGUAAAACAGUAAACACUACACAAUUAAACUAGAGUUCCCACUCACUGUUGAUAAGCAGGUGUCGAGAGGUGUUCCAAAAAGGAAUCAUGAAUCUCAAAGUAGUGCAGUAGUAAGAAUAAAACUGUCACGAUUCGGGGAACCAAACACACCAACACACACACACACACAAAGUGCAGUACCGGACCUUAGAGUGGCCGGGCUAAGCACACAAAGAAUAGUCAGGAAACAAGCUGAGUAAAGGGGAACCAGAAGACAGAAUAACGAUAAACAAGCCGAGGUCAAAGGGUAGGAGAAAGUCCCAAAGUCGGAUAAACAAGCCAGAGAGUACGUAACCAGAAAGACAAGUUCAGUAGUAAUACUAGCAAGUAAAGACCACAACAGGGCGGAGAGGAACAGGAAAGGUAAGUAUUUAAAUCCAUAGGUUAACUCUGAUUGGAUAAUUUCCAAUCAGAAUUAACAAUCACACGUGGGAGAUAUCUAAACCUCCCACUGUGAUUGAGGCACUGUGCCUUUAACGCCGCGUCAGAUGACUGACUCCGGCGUUUGUUAAAAUGGGCGGACUCCCAGCAUGCAACGUCAUGCAUGCUGCUGCUGGGGGACACAGAGAAAGAUGCGGGCGGCAUCCGUGGCUGGGAGGAUGCCGCCCGCCGAGCGCACGCCAGGAAGGGGACCGCGGACGGCUGGAGGGUGAGUGCCGCGAGCGGACUGCAACCUCCCCUCGCAGCCGCCCGCGGGACCCUGACAAAAACAGGGAGACGAGAAGAGAUAAAUGAAAGUAGAUAAAUUUCCCCCAGUAACUGGACGACACACAGUUCCAGGGGUACAACAACAACUUUAUUGGCCACUCUCGGCUUUAUAUUCUCCCCAUGCAAGGGGGUGGAACGCAGGUAAAAGACAAUGUCCCCUCCCAGAUGUCGUAUAUCGGAACCGGAACUCUAGUCCCUUUGUCCCUUGUUCCCUCCACUUCAUGUCCCCUCCCAGGGUCCUCCCCCUCCCAAGGGCCUGUGCGUGUGACAGGAACUUCAGUCCCUUUGUCUCUGGUUCCUGCCACCCAAAUACAGGGUUUGCCACUUCCCGUGGCAGGGGGUCUUCUACCCAGGAUUCUCCCUUGUCCCAUAGUGUUCUUCCCCCCUCCUCCCCUGUCCCGUAGAGUUCUUUCCCCUCUGUCCCAUAGUGUUCUUAUCCCCGCAUCCCAUAGUGUUCUUCCUUACCACCCCCUUGGUCCCUGGUGUGCCUCCUACCUCUUUGUAGCGUGGCCAAGCGGAGCAGACUACGGUACAGGAGCUUCAGUUUCCUGUACCCGGCCAGACUGACAGGAAGUGCUCGCUCAGCUCCGCUCAGCCAUGCUACACAGAAUGACUGGUAGAAGGGAGUGCUGUGAGCCCACCUCCUGCCAGUCACUCCAAUCUAGUGUCCCCUCGUCCUGUCUCGGUUGCCAUCAGACUGAUUUUCCUCUCUAGUCGGUCCUCUCACAUCUCACCCCUCUGUCAGUUCUUACAUUGGCUUCCUGUAUCCUAUAGGAGUCAAUUCAAAGUGCUAACCCAUACAUAUACAGCAGUGAACAAUUGUAGCCCCUCUUAUAUCUCUUCACAGAUCCAUAGGUAUGCCCCUCCUCGUUCCCUCCGCUCUGCCCGUGACCUUCUCCUGUCCACUGCUCGCACCCGUACAGCCAACUCGCGCUUGUGGGACUUCUCGCGGGCGGCUCCCUUCCUAUGGAAUAGCCUGCCUACUGCCAUCAGACUCUCCCCUAGUCUUCAAUCCUUUAAGAAGUGCCUUAAAACCCUCUUUAGGAAAGCAUAUGGCCUCCCAGAGUAACCUCUACCUUAUACACCUGUCUCUUGCUCUCUCUAAACUCUCUCCUCCAGCUCUGCCUCACUCCCACUUUUUUGAUUGAUAUUUCCUGUCCUAAUGUGUUUUAUACCCCACCUCCUAUAGUCUGUAAGCUCGUUUGAGCAGUGUCCUCUUCAACCUAUCGUUCCUGUAAGUUUUCUUGUAAUUGUCCUAUUUAUAGUUACAUCCCCCCUCUCAUAAUAUUGUAAAGCGCUACGGAAUCUGUUGGUGCUAUAUAAAUGAUAAUAAUACAAAUAAUUCCACUUUGUAUAAUGAUAUCAGUUGAAAUAUGGGUAACAUCAUAAAAACAUAUCUCGGAUCCAUCCCUAUUUAACAACAGACGCAGCUAAGGUGCUGGCCCAUGCUGUUGUUCUCUCUCGCCUUGACUACUGCAAUCCCCUUCUCAGUGGUCUUACGUGUUCCCAGAUUUCACUGCUGCAAUCUAUAAUGAAUGUGGUGGCAAGGCUCAUUUUCCUGUCUGCCCACACCUCCCUCCUUUGUCAGACCCUACAUUGGCUUCCAGUUAGAUAUAGGGCUCAAUUUAAGAUUCUGGUGCUUGCUACAUAAUACUGCUCCUAGUGCUCAUUAAGGGCUCCAAGCACUCCACCAGACACCAUUAGCACUGCAGACCCCACAACCGCCGCAGCUUGGUUGGGGUCUCGCCGUCUCCUACCCACCCUGGACCUACGACAAGGCUCCAGGUUCCAGUGGGUGAACCUCUCUUCCUCCAGAGAGUCAAGCAGGAAUAGCUAUUACAGGAGCUCAGAGAAUCCAAGCAAUUCCUUGUAGUGAUAUAGCAGUUAUCCCCAAUAAGAAACAAGACUCUAGAUUGAGGGUUAAGUAAGUCUGUUUAAUGGAAGCCACAUCUGGCCUUUUAUGCAGGUUUCCCAACAAGGAUGACGUCCAGGUGGACCUUGUUGGGAAUAGGGUCACAAAGUGUACAAACCAAAGAAAACAAUGUGACAGUGAAUGGCACUCCCACAUACAGUACACAAUACCUCCCCUCUGCCUGUGAUAUAAUUAAGGCAGAUAAUACAUUAACUUAAUUAUUCCCAGGCAGAAAAAAACACACAUUUUCCAAUACAUACCCCAAAAUACAACAUAUCCCCAUAAGUCACAUCCCCUGAUAGUUCUGAUCUGAGUGAACAACAUAUCCAAAAAUCAUCCAGAUCAGAUCAGGGGUUCUGGAAUUUCCUGGAAGUCAUAGUUUUGACCCACAUGGUCCAAUGCUCAAAACAGUUCCAGAGAAUUAGGGCCAGCGGUCGGUCUCUCUGUCUGGUGUACAAAAGUACAUACUUCCCAUGAACAGAGCCUUUUAAAGUGCAUUGGGCAAGGUAUAUUGCAGGGCCCAUAGUCCUGAGGCAUGAGGCUGGCCAGCAGGCCCCUCUAAAAGACAGUGACGAGGUUACUUUCGUCACACUCCCUAAUACACAAGUAUGUUCCGUCGAGGCCCCUGCGCUCUGCUGAAGACCUACGUCUAUCCUCUGUCUGCACUCCCACAUCUGCUGCUCAUCUCCAAGAAUUGUCCAGGGCUGCACCUUUUAUGUGGAACUUUCCCUCUUCCCUCUUUCCCUCCUCCGUUAGACACACUUCUUCAGGAAAGCAUAUAAUUUAAACUGUUAGUGGGUUUUCAUUCACCUCCUGCAACUUUUAAAAAUAACCAAAGUUCUCAGUGAAUACUUGUGACAGACCUCUCUGUCUGUGAUUUACCUUUAUUUUGUGCCGGUUCGUCUGUUUAUUCGGCUAUUUCCCCGUCUGUACAGUCCCUACGCUUUAUUCCCUUUUUACCACAAGAACUGCCAAACAGCCGGCCACCCAGCAUGGAAGUGUGCUGCUUGUUAACCUCUUGGCCUCAUUAGAACUUUGUGGUUAACCGCAGACACUUCCUAAUUGUCGAAUGUCGGCUGGGUGGUCGUUUUUCGUAUGAAUGAACACGUGGCGGCGGCCAUCUUGGACAUACGAAUGCCCAAUGGUGUACGUCGACAAUUUCAUGGAACUGAAAACAGACACUAUUUUCACACGAACACCGCUGAAGUCUGUUCUUCCGUUCAUACGAACGCUGUACCGUUCGGUACGUUGCCAUACGAAAAGAGUCACCCCAGACAGCUAUCCCAUGGAGCCCAUUCGUAUAACGAAAGACUAUGUGAAAGACUUUAACUCCAUGGCGAUUAAACUGUAUGUAUGUGAUCUGAGCGCUAUUCGGUAAUAAUGUGCGCUCAGAUCUAAGCUAUCUGGGGAUCCGUUAAAUGUGGGUGUUUCAUUCGGUAGUUUGUGAAUUAUAUAUUUUUAUGUAUUUUUAUUAUGCCUUGUAAAAUGGAGUUUAUUCUCUAUACUUGGAGAUAAUUGAGUUACUUCACAAUUAUCUCCAGGAUAGAGAGGAGGGUAUUAUUGUGAUUGGUCAAUGCAACAUUUUGUCACAGUUUUCCACCAGGACCCCUAUGGGAGUGUCCACCUGGUGGGAGACCUGCAUAAAAGGCGGGCAGGUAUCCCAGAUUAAACAGAUUCCUGCUUGACCCUCAAUACAGAGCCUUGUCUCGUACUUGGGGGGAUUAUUCGUGUACUUUCUUGUUCGGCUGUUUGAAGUGUGGAUGAUUCGUAUACUUCUUGUUCGACUGAUUGAAGUGUUCAGUAGCUGCCUUUAUACUCGGGAAGGGAAUAUCCUAAACGGCUUUAACCCCUUCUAUACUCGGAGUGCUGUUACAAUACUUUCCUAGCAACCUAUUGCAUUACCCCUACCACUUUGUGUCACUAUACCCCACUCUAUCUAGCAUGUAGGCUCACUGAGCAGGGCCCUCAACCCCUCUGUUACUGUGUCACUAUACUCCAAUCCCUCUAACAUGUAAACUCACUGAGCAGACCCUCAAUCUUUCUGUUACUGUGUCACUAUACGCCACUCCCUCUAGCAUGUAAGCUCACUAAGGGCCCUGAAUCCCUCUGUUACUGUGUCACUCUACCCCAUUCCCUCUACCAUGUAAGCUCACUGAGCAGGGCCCUCAAUCCCUCUCUUACUGUAUCACUAUACCCCACUCCCUCUAACAUCUAAACUGACAUAGCAGGCCCUCAAUCCCUUUCUUACUGUGUCACAAUACCCCACUGCCUCUAACAUAUAAGCUCACUGAGCAGGCCCACAAUCCCUCUGUUACUGUCACUAUACCCCACUCCCUCUAACAUGUAAGCUCACUGAGCAGGCCCUCAAUCCCUCUGUUACUGUGUCACUAUACCCCACUCCCUCUAACAUGUAAACUCGCUGAGCAGGCCCCCAGUCCCUCUCUUCCUGUGUCACUAUACCCCACUCCUUCUAGCAUGUAAACUCACUGAGCAGGUACCUCAAUCCCUCUGUUACUGUGUUACUAUACCCCAUUCCCUCUUGCAUGUAAACUCACUGAGCAGGCCCUCAAUCCCUCUGUUACUGUGUCACUAUACCCCACUCCCUCUAACAUGUAAGCUCACUGAGCAGGGUCUCAAUCCCUCUGUUACGUGCAGUGUGUGCUUUGUCCUCUGGGUGGCCGCCAUUCGGGAGACGAACACGUGGCGGUGGCCAUCUUAAACUCCCGAACAGUGGUGUUUUGCCGUCGAGUGUCUUGAACCCAAAUCGGACACUCGGUUAGGCAAACACUGCUGAGACCUCCACACUGCCAUCAAUUUGUGUAGGAACUACCAAACUGCUCCCCGUUCGGUAUAAAGAACCCUGCGAAGAAGGGGGUUUACCUGAAUCCUCCCCAGUCUCCAUAACCCAAGCCAUUUGUGUAAUUUAUUCCCUUUUUCUGUGACCGACCGCAGGGCCAAAAUGUAUGGAACUCCUUUCGGCUGUUAACUCCAGCGCGGUCGGUCUUUUUAUUACCUCCAGGACUUUCCCGAACCCCUGGUCCGAUCUGGGUGAUUUUUGGAUAUGUGUCUCACCCAGAUCAGGGCUACCAGUGGAUGUAAUAUUUAAAGGGGUACCCCUAUGUUUAGGGGUACAUCCAGAAAACCAGGGGAACUGUGUCCUGCAUAAUGGAAUUAUGUGUCAUACUAAGGGGAGGGGAUGUGUGGGUGGCUACUCAUGUAUGAUUGGUGUAUUGUGUAAUUACUGUAAAUCCCUCCCUUGCAUUGGAGAAAGCUUUAAAAGAAGGUUGAGUGAUUAAAAGUUCAGUUCUGCUCCUGAUGCUGUGUGUCAUCCAGUCAUUGGGACUGAUAUUGGCAUAUUAUUGGAUUGUCUUGCCUGCUGGAAUUAUUGCCUUAUGGAUUUUUAAUACUUGUUCCUGAGCCUCACUGGGAUCUUGAGUGGAGAUAACCUGUGGAAUAUCAGCUCUCCGCUACACAGGGCCCUCAAUUCCUCUGUUACUGUAUCACUAUACCCCACUCCCUCUAACAUGUAAUCUCACUGAGCAGGACCCUCAGUCCCUCUCUUCCUGUGUCACUAUACCCCCACUCCCUCUAACAUGUAAGCUCACUGAGCAGGGUCCUCAAUCCCUCUGUUACUGGGUCACUAUACCCCACUCCCUCUAACAUGUAAACUCACUGAGCAUGACCUCAAUCCCUCUGUUACUGUCACUAUACCCCACUCCCUCUAACAUGUAAACUCACUGAGCAGGACCUCAAUCCCUCUGUUACUGUCACUAUACCCCACUCCCUCUAACAUGUAAACUCACUAAGCAGGCCCUCAGUCCCUAUCUUCCUGUGUCACUAUACCCCACUCCCUCUAACAUGUAAACUCACUAAGCAGGCCCUCAGUCCCUCUCUUCCUGUGUCACUAUACCCCACUCCCUCUAACAUGUAAGCUCACUGAGCAGGGCCCUCAAUCCCUACGUUACUGUGUCACUAUACCCCACUCCCUCUAGCAUGUAAGCUCACUGAGCAGGGCCCUCAAUCCCUACGUUACUGGGUCACUAUACCCCACUCCCUCUAACAUGUAAACUCACUGAGCAGGGCCUCAAUCCCUCUGUUACUGUGUCACUAUACCCCACUCCCUCUAACAUGUAAGCUCACUGAGCAGGGCCCUCAAUCCCUCUGUUACUGUGUCACUAUGCCCCACUCCCUCUAACAUGUAAACUCACUAAGCAGGCCCUCAGUCCCUCUCUUCCUGUGUCACUAUACCCCACUCCCUCUAACAUGUAAGCUCACUGAGCAGGGCCCUCAAUCCCUACGUUACUGUGUCACUAUACCCCACUCCCUCUAGCAUGUAAGCUCACUGAGCAGGGCCCUCAAUCUCUCUGUUACUGGGUCACUAUACCCCACUCCCUCUAACAUGUAAACUCACUGAGCAGGACCUCAAUCCCUCUGUUACUGUCACUAUACCCCACUCCCUCUAACAUGUAAACUCACUGAGCAGGGCCUCGAUUCCUCUGUUACUGUGUCACUAUACCUGUUACGGUACCCUCAGCAUCAAAUGCACAAACCGCUGUUUAGUGAAUCCUCCCAUCUCACAAUAACACAGGCUUAAUUCGUAUCAAUUGCAAUCAUACGAACCGCAAGCAGGGGAACGCUGUAAUCUCCCGAACGGGACCCAUACGGCUACUUCACUUCUCGAGCUCCAAACUCACGAAUCGCCAAUAGUAGCUGAACGCUAAUAAUCCCAUUCGGCAGUCUCUAGUCGUCGGUAAUAAAUCCCCCCCAAUAAGGCGACCAAGCUCCACAUUGAGGGUCACACAUGAACUGGCUUUACUGUGGGCUACCCGCCCGUAUUUAUGCAGGUCUCCCGCUUGGUGGACACUCCCCUAGGGGACCAAAUGGGAGACUGUAAUGACAGAUGGACAUACGCCAUUUUUAGACACACAGGCACAUAAUAUUCCCAGCAUGCAUUAUGGUUUCCUCCCCUCUGCCCUGGAGAUAAUUGAGAAGUAAUUCAAUUACCUCCAGGACAGAGGCAAAUCGCCAUUUUAAAUACAACAUGAAAAACACACAAAAAUACAUAAAUUUUAUAAUUGUCGAAUAUUUCUCAUUCGUAUCACAUAUCCCCAGAUAGCCUGGAUCUGAGUGCAUAUUAUUGGCGAAUAGCGCUCAGAUCCCAUACGCAUAGUUCAAUCGCCAUGGAGUCAAAGUUUAUUACAGUCUUUCGGUAUGCGAUUGACUCCAUGGGAAGGCUGUCUGGGUUAAGUCCAUUCGUGCGUUUCAAACUCCAGAACAGCCGGUGUUCGUGUACCUCUGUCGAUUGAGAAGGGAGGUCGGCGGCUUCAGCGGUGUUCGGCGGAAAAAAUGUCCAUUUUCAGUUCCAUAGAUUCUGGGCCGAACACCGCUGGUCUUUCGCUUGUUUAAAAUGGCCGCCGCCUCGCGGUCGACAUUCGACUGACGACCACCCUGCAUUCGGUUUUAAUUGAGAAGUGUCUGCGGUUAACCACAACGUUCUAAUUGGGAUCAAGAGGUUAACCAGCAGCACACUUCUCGUCUGGGUGGCCGUCCGUUCGGUGGUUUUGUUCGGCAAAAAACGUCAAUUAUACGAACAGAGGCAUACGAACAGGUAAUUCCAGAAAAAAGGAAAACAGACGAACCAGCAAUCCUAGUCUAUACAGAUGGAUCUGUCACACGGCUCCCCCCUUGUGGAACACUCCGGCAGACCCGGCUUGACCCUGUGGCGGGUCAACUUGGGGAUGACCGGACUAGGAGGUAAUAGGGACGUCGGUUUGCCAGGACAAUCCAUCUGCAUUCCCGUUCUGCUUACCGGGUCGGUAGCUGAUGGUAAGGUUGUAAAUCUAAACUCCACCGCAGCAGUCUACCAUUGUCUCCUGAGACCCGUUUAAGCCAGACAAGGGGAUUGUAGUCCAUGAUAAGAGAGAACUCCUGCCCGUACAAAUAGGGGCUCAAUUUCUUUAAUGCCCAGACCAGGGCAAAACACUACUGCCGCAUAACUCACUUCCCGGGGUAGUAACUUCCUGCUGAGAUAUGCGACAGGGUGCUCUCCUCCAUCUUCCCCGACCUGGCUCAGCACAGCCCCCAGGCCAUACAUGGAAGCAUCUGUAUGAACGAGAAAAUGUUUGUUAGGGACUGGGGCAGCCAGGACAGGGGCAUUCACCAGAGCUUGCUUCAAUGCCUGAAACGCGGCUUCACAAGCUGGAGACCACAGGACCUGCUUAGGUAAGUUCUUUUUCGUCAGGUCAGUCAGGGGUUUAGCAAUAGUGCUGUAGUCAGGGACAAAGCGUCGGUAAUACCCUGCUGUUCCCAGGAAGGCCAGCACUUGGGUCUUGGUGAUAGGUGUGGGCCAGUUAGCUACAGCUUCUACCUUGGCUGGGUCUGGUCUCUGGCUCCCACAUCCUACCAAGUACUGCACUUCUGCCAUGCCUAGAUGGCACUUGUCUGGCUUCAAGGUCAGGCCAGUGGCCCGAAUUUUGUCCAGAACCACCCUACGUGUACCAGGUGUUCUUCCCAGGACUCGCUGUAGACCGCAAUGUCAUCCAGGUAUGCACAUGCAAAUUCCUGGAAGCCAUCGAGAAGCCUAUCCACCAUACGCUGGAAGGUAGCCGGAGCAUUCUUCAUCCCAAAUGGCAUGACCUUAAACUGUUACAGACCAAAUGGGGUGAUGAAUGCCGACUUAGGGAUAGCAUCCUCGGCCAGUGGGAUCUGCCAAUGUAGCCGGGUUCUUGGGAGAACGUCGCCUGCUUCUCCCACAGAAGCUGUCUUGCCUGUACCUUCUCUGUGGGGCUUAACCGGUCCCCUAGCUGUACAAGACUAGUGGGAUCAGUCUGGGGGUCCUUCUCUAAUAGGUCGGGCACGGGUAAAUUCUCGGGGUCGUCGGCAGCCGGGGCACACACUGCAGCGACAUCUUCUGGUCUCUCCUGAUACUCCUUCAACAUAUUCACAUGAAAGGAUUGCUGAAUCCUUUCAUCUGCACAGCUGGCUAUAAGAUAGGUAGUAUCACACACCUGAGCUAACACUUUAUACGGGCCCUACCAAGAUACUUGCAUCUUGUUCGUCUUCACAGGCUUGAGCACUAGAACCUUUUGCCCAAACUGAAAGACCCGCUGUCGGGCACCCCGAUCGUACCACCUCUUCUGUCUCCCCUUUGCCGCCUGGAGAUUCUCCCUUACCAUCAGGGACAGUUUCUCCAUGCGGUCCCGGAGUUCCAGAACGUAUGGCACGAUGGGGGUUCCCUCUUGCUCCGUCUCUAUCUCCCAGUGUCCUCUAAUGAGAUCUAGGGGUCCGCGGACCCUUCUCCCAUAGAGUAGCUCAAAGGGAGAGAACCCAGUAGAUUCCUGGGGCACCUCUCUGUAUGCAAAUAGUAGAUGAGGCAGGAAUUGCUCCCAGUCUCUGCAAGUGUCAGUAAAGGUCCUCAACAUCUGUUUGAGGGUGCCAUUAAAUCGCUCGCAGAGACCGUUAGUCUGUGGGUGAUAAGGUGAGCUAAGCAGUGGUUUAAUGCCGCACACCUUCCACAGCUGCUGGGUAAGCACAGCGGUAAACUGAGUUCCCUGGUUGGAGAGGAUCUCCUGAGGGAACCCGACCCUAGUGAAAAUUUUAACCAGGGCAUCAGCAACCAUCUCUGCCUCUAUAUUAGACAGCGCUACUGCCUCUGGAUAACGGGUGGCAUAGUCCACCACGGUGAGAAUAUACUUUUUACCGGAUGGGCUAGCCCUGGCCAGUGGACUCACAAUGUCAACGGCUAUGCGGGAAAAGGGUUCUCUAAUUAUAGGCAUCGAUAUGAGCCUAGCCUUUGGGUGAUCCUCCCGUUUACCUACCCGUUGACAUGUAUCACACGUACUACAAUAGACCUGUACAUCUCGGUUGAAAUUAGGCCAGAAGAAAUUUUGGGUGAUCCUAUGAGCUGUGCGGCGGGAGCCUAGAUGGCCCGCUAAUGGGACAUCAUAUCCAAUCCGCAGAAUCUCCUGCUGGUAUUUCGCAGGCACCACCAGCUGCCAAUUCUGCGGAGGGGUAUUUCGGUUUCUGGGACGGUUUAGGAAUCUUGUACAGCCUAUCCCCCACCCACUUCGACCCCGUCUUCCCCAGUAUCUGCCCUGGUUUCCCUACCGUACAUCUCUGGGGUGUCCCAGCCUAAAGAGGCCUGAUCUAAGGUACAAGUCAGGGUAGAGAGUCUUACCUGGGUCUCAGCAGCAGGUGGGCCGGUCUCGGCGGCACGGGUCUGGGCACAAUUUAUGGAAAUGGGCUCCCAAGGGGUACUAGAGUGAAAAAAGGUUGGGAACCACUGGGCUACUACCUCGUGGCCGGCCAGUCAGAACUUUACGCGAAUGGCCAUUCCGUUCUACCGAAGUGAUCUCUGCGCUAUUUGGACAACUUGGGUGCUCAGAACUGGGCUAUUCUUCAAUAUAACAUUUGUGGGGCUCCUGUAUACAGGGAGUGCAGAAUUAUUAUGCAAAUGAGUAUUUUGACCACAUCAUCCUCUUUAUGCAUGUUGUCUUACUCCAAGCUGUAUAGGCUCGAAAGCCUACUACCAAUUAAGCAUAUUAGGUGAUGUGCAUCUCUGUAAUGAGAAGGGGUGUGGUCUAAUGACAUCAACACCCUAUAUCAGGUGUGCAUAAUUAUUAGGCAACUUCCUUUCCUUUGGCAAAAUGGGUCAAAAGAAGGACUUGACAGGCUCAGAAAAGUCAAAAAUAGUGAGAUAUCUUGCAGAGGGAUGCAGCACUCUUAAAAUUGCAAAGCUUCUGAAGCGUGAUCAUCGAACAAUCAAGCGUUUCAUUCAAAAUAGUCAACAGGGUCGCAAGAAGCGUGUGGAAAAACCAAGGCGCAAAAUAACUGCCCAUGAACUGAGAAAAGUCAAGCGUGCAGCUGCCACGAUGCCACUUGCCACCAGUUUGGCCAUAUUUCAGAGCUGCAACAUCACUGGAGUGCCCAAAAGCACAAGGUGUGCAAUACUCAGAGACAUGGCCAAGGUAAGAAAGGCUGAAAGACGACCACCACUGAACAAGACACACAAGCUGAAACGUCAAGACUGGGCCAAGAAAUAUCUCAAGACUGAUUUUUCUAAGGUUUUAUGGACUGAUGAAAUGAGAGUGAGUCUUGAUGGGCCAGAUGGAUGGGCCCGUGGCUGGAUUGGUAAAGGGCAGAGAGCUCCAGUCCGACUCAGACGCCAGCAAGGUGGAGGUGGAGUACUGGUUUGGGCUGGUAUCAUCAAAGAUGAGCUUGUGGGGCCUUUUCGGGUUGAGGAUGGAGUCAAGCUCAACUCCCAGUCCUACUGCCAGUUCCUGGAAGACACCUUCUUCAAGCAGUGGUACAGGAAGAAGUCUGCAUCCUUCAAGAAAAACAUGAUUUUCAUGCAGGACAAUGCUCCAUCACACGCGUCCAAGUACUCCACAGCGUGGCUGGCAAGAAAGGGUAUAAAAGAAGAAAAUCUAAUGACAUGGCCUCCUUGUUCACCUGAUCUGAACCCCAUUGAGAACCUGUGGUCCAUCAUCAAAUGUGAGAUUUACAAGGAGGGAAAACAGUACACCUCUCUGAACAGUGUCUGGGAGGCUGUGGUUGCUGCUGCACGCAAUGUUGAUGGUGAACAGAUCAAAACACUGACAGAAUCCAUGGAUGGCAGGUUUUGAGUGUCCUUGCAAAGAAAGGUGGCUAUAUUGGUCACUGAUUUGUUUUUGUUUUGUUUUUGAAUGUCAGAAAUGUAUAUUUGUGAAUGUUGAGGUGUUAUAUUGGUUUCACUGGUAAUAAUAAAUAAUUGAAAUGGGUAUAUAUUUGGUUUUUGUUAAGUUGCCUAAUAAUUAUGCACAGUAAUAGUCACCUGCACACACAGAUAUCCCCCUAACAUAGCUAUAACUAAAAACAAACUAAAAACUACUUCCAAAAAUAUUCAGCUUUGAUAUUAAUGAGUUUUUUGGGUUCAUUGAGAACAUGGUUGUUGUUCAAUAAUAAAAUUAAUCCUCAAAAAUACAACUUGCCUAAUAAUUCUGCACUCCCUGUAUUAUGGAUAUGUUUUUUGGUGGUUUUUGGAGUUAUCCUUUUCUUGACUCCAUUAUCUUUCAGACACAGACGUCUGGGAGGGGUUUGUAUUCUGGUCUAUGGAGACCCCAUGCUGGGGGUCUGUGCUUAAAAGGCAGAGAGUGGCAUAAAAAACCUCAAUUGACUCUGUGACGGACCGCUGGCACUCCGACCGAGUACCUCCGCCAAUCGAUGCUCCGAGCGCUUGCUAAGGACUCCGAGCACUCCAACUGACACCAUCAGCACAGCGGACCCCACUUCCAGCAAUGCAGCUGCACUGGGGUCUCGCCGUCUCUCACCCACCCUGGAUCCACGACCAGGAUCCAGCUCCCAGUGGGUGAACCUCUCCUAAAUCCAGAGAGCGUAGCAGGAACAAAUCAAGCUCUUACAAGAGCUUACUCUGGAGAGUAAGUGAUUAUAGCAAUCCCCAGAGUGUAGGUAUCCCUUCCCCCAAGCAUGAGCUAAGGCUUCAAGAAAGGUGCAAGUAGGUGUGGUUUAUUGAGGGCUACCUGCCCGGUAUUUAUGCCAGGUGGACACUCCCCUAGGGGACCUGAUGGAACAAUGGGACACAUAUUGGAUAUUAGCCAAUCACAGACAAUACAAACAAAACACUCCCACAGUGACAUCACAAUCCCCCCUCUCUAUCCUGGAGAUAAUUGGGAAGUCAAAUUAUCUCCCAGGACAGAGGCAAGACUCCAUUAACCACAUGGUUGCAAAAAUACAUAAAAUUACACAAUGUGGAGGGGGGGGUGGAGCGAUGACGUGACGUGCACGUGGUGACGUCGCGCGGAUGAGAGGAACAGAGGAGGAGGAAGCAGUAAUGGACGCUGUAAUGCUGCCGACCCCUGAGCCGGUGUUUGAGUGAGACGACAAGAGCGAUCGCAGAGGUUAACUAUAUUGCGGCGAAUUACACUGCUAACUACACUGCGGAUGCGAGGAUCAAGCGAGAUUGGCGGUAAGGCGGUCGAAUGGAAUUAAGACUGCAAGGGAGCAAAACGGAGACGGAGAGGAACGCUGAAAAGCUACAACGCUAUAACACGGUAACUGCGCAGCAACCUGGGAAAAUACAGAGAGGCUGCCGAGCGCCCAUCCCUAGAUAUCUCCACCGCUCAGUACACAGAAUUCAAGAAGUACAGCAAGGCAUGUGAGGUACACUGCAGUAAGAUAAGAUUUAUCAACUUAAUGUAGAAUCUUACAUUGAAAGCCAACCUAACAUUAGCUCAGUCGGGACAUUCUUUUUUUUUUUUUUUUUUUUCUUCUUUCUCUUGUUGGGUUUUCUCUGCCUACACGAUCAGGCUAACCGAAAUCUGUUUUAUGAAGUCUGAAUUGUGAACAAACAAAGUCAGACGAAGCUAGAAGUGUGAAUUGGGUGAUAAAAUAAAAAGUUGGAUUUGUUAAAACCCUGUAAAAUACUCUGAGAAGUCUGGGAAGCAGGAAAAGCUUCUUAAAGCUUAUUAAGGUGUACUUAAAGCUAACUAAAGCUAAUUAAAUCACCAGAGCUUCGCAAACAACAACUCCUUAAAGCUUCUUAAAGCUUCUUAAAAUCUCGUAUGUCCAAGUAAGGAUAAAGAUACGGAAGCCUACGAAUAGCUUGAAUAGUUAGCUGAGAUAACUUGACAUAUUUUGCGCAUUUGUAGGCAUACAACUGCAUCUAUUGUUUUUACCCUCAAGUAAAUCAGAAACAUGGCGGCAAAAAAGGGUGAUAAUAAAAUAAACACAAGGAAGGACAAAGAUAAAAAAGUCGACUCUAAAUUUGAAUCUAAGGCGGAAUUAAAAUCUGAUAAACGCUUGUCAAAUUAUUUCUCUGCUCAAGAGAAGGACAGGAGACUAAGCCAAGCGGGCUCUACUAAACCUUCAGAAGAAGAUAUGGUGAAUACUAGCCUUAUGGAGACAAAUGGUCUAAACUCAUACAGUAAUUCCCCUCCAAGUGACCUCCUUAAUAUUGAUAGAGUCACUCUUAAUAACUGUUUUGACUCACAAAUGGAAAAGAUAAAAGGUGAGAUGCAACUUUUCACCACGACCUUUAAAGAAGAAAUAAAGAAAGUAAACAUAAGGAUUACAUCCAUGGAAGAGAAAUUGGAAUGUUCAAUGCUUAGAAAUAACCUUAUGGAAGACAAAAUUAAUUCCUUGGAGCAGAAAAUAAAUAACCUGGAAGUUAAGAUGGUUGACUGGGAAGACAGGUCGCGGAGGAGAAAUAUUAGGAUUAGAGGAAUCCCGGAGAAUAUACCCAACCAAAUGUUGAUUGCCUAUCUGACUGAGCUUUUAAACUUUCUAGAUAUGCAGCUGCAAAAUAUCCCAAUUAUAUUUGAGAAUGUACAUAGACUGCCAAAAGCAAGAAGCCUACCAGCUCAUAUCCCAAGAGAAGUUAUUGCAAGUUUUCAGUCUCUUUACUUGAAGACCAAAUUCAACCAAGCUUUAAGGUUGAAACCUUUAAAGGACUCAAAAUUUGAAGAGCUAAAAUGCUUUAAUGACCUAUCUUUUGCCACUAGAACUGCAAGGAAGAAAUUCCUAACUUGCACAGGCAAGCUUAGAGAUCACAACAUAAGCUACACAUGGCUAUUCCCUACGGGGUUAAAGUUCUAUUAUAAAGACAAUCUAGAAGCCUUUAAAGAGGUUGAUAAUUUACAUCAAUGGUUAUUAACAAAUAAGAUGAUAUGAAAGCUAUUAGGGAUAAAACGGAUGAGGGAAGCGGAGGUUAUUUAAAAUUUUCUUUUUUUUUUUUUUUUUUGAAACAGGGAAGAGAAACCCUAAAUAGUCCAACCAAAUAAGGGGAAUAUGAAGUACCACAACAAUUGUAAAACUGCAAGGGCAACUUUAAAAUUAAGGACACAUAUUUAUAAGUGAAAUAGGGAUAUUAAGCAGAAAUUUAAAUUAGACUAUAAGGUUAGACAGCAUAUCCUAAAGCAUAAUGAAAUUAUGUUGCACGGGGGAACAUAACAUGACACGGACGUAAAUAAUUUUACACACUAGUUUUUUAAUACAUGAUUAAACAGGAUACAAUAUCGCUGUAGAAUAUUAGAGCAAAGGAAUAUGAGAUACAAAGAAAAUUCACGGGAUGCUUUAAUUAGUGUUAAUUAUAUAUAAUAUAUACAGCACUAGUCAAAUUAAUCACUAAGAUAAGCACGGCUGAUUAAAGCUACGAAGUCUCUCUAGGACUGCAAUAGAUAAGCACUUUACAUAUUAGAUUUUCAAUUUUUGAACAUAUAAGAUUUACACCCUGGCUAAAUGAUUAGAGUAAAUUAUGUCUGUUAAAUUGCUUUAAACAUACGUAUCAUAUAUAGCACUGAAUUUAAACUAAUCACUGAGAUAUGCACUGCUGAUUAAAGUUAUGAAGCCACCCUAGGAUGGUAGUGGACAAAUAGUAAGGGAAGAAGGUAAUAAAUUCUAGUCUUUGGGGUAAGGAGGUGAUACUUCUUUUAAAUUGUUAUUGUCAUUUUUUCUAGAGCUUUUAUCUAUGAGGCUCUCGGGUUGAUAAUUAGGUAUAAUUCUCCUCUGCUUCCCUCCAACCGCUAACGCGGUUGAGUUUGACUGAUCUAUACCUUGGGUAGGUUACGAUCAGUAAAGGGCUUUGGGAUGGCUCCCAUGGGAGGAGGGGUAGGGAGCCUAUGGGGGUUUAAUGUUUUAUGUACGUGUUGUCGUUUUGUUAUGGUCUGGUCAUAUUUGGUCCUUCCCAUGAGAUUGGCUCUAUAUGAGUUGCUCAAUUCUAAAUAGGAUUAAUUUUGGUAAAAAUAGCAAGCCUGAACUAGGGGGGGUAGAUCUAAUAAAAAUUGUAAUAUCUUCUCUAGAUUCUUGGAAGAUGAGUUUACUCCCUAUAGCUGGACACAAGGGAGAUUGUUCAACUCUAAACUGGAUUAAUAAGGAUAAAAAUAGUAACUUUGAACCUUAGAGGUUUAAAUUCACCACAAAAGCGCAAUAUCCUUCUUAGAUUUUUGAAAGAUGAAUCCAUUUCUAUAUGCGGGUUGCAAGAAACACAUUGGGAGCAAAGAGGAAAAAUACGAUUAAAUUCUAAAGAUUAUCCAUUUAUUUUUUCCUCCUCCUUAUAUGAUAAAAAAAAAAGAGGAGUUGCGACCCUCAUCUCCUCUAGAUUAGCUUUUAAAUUUAUUUACCAAAUACAGGAUCCAGAAGGCAGAUAUCAUAUACUAAUUUGCGAAAUAAAUAAUAGGAUCUAUACGAUAGUGAAUCUUUAUGCCCCAAAUUUAGCCCCGAUUAAGUUUAUCAGGAAACUAAUGGAUAUAGUAGAUAGAAAUAGGCAAGGUAUGGUAAUCUAUUUAGGGGAUUUUAAUUGUAUGCUUAACCCAGAACUAGAUAGGAGAAGCUUAAUUAACGACCAGUAUAAUAAACAGCUAAAAACCUCAGCUAAAUCCUUUAGUAACUUGUUAAAAAAUAGGGGCCUUUUGGAUCUCUGGAGGAUUUUGCAUCCUAUGGAACAUGACUAUACUUGUUUCUCUGGGGCUCACCGGGUUUAUUCCAGAAUUGACCUAAUAAUAUCAGACCCAAGCAUAUCCAAAAUGCUUAAAAAAGUUUUUAUUAAAAACAUUGCAUGGUCAGAUCACAAUGCGGUAAUGAUGAUUCUGGAUGAUGGCUUGAAGGAUAAUAGAUCAAAUUGGAGAUUAAACGAUCGUCUAUUAAGUAUUUCAGAAUAUUUAAAGCAAAUUAAGUCAACUACAAAUUUAUUUUUUGAAGAAAACACUAAAGAUGACUUACCAUUACCUAUUAUAUGGUGCGCCUAUAAGUGUACAAUUCGAGGACAUUUCAUUAAGAUGGGGUCCCAGGAAAAAAAAAAGAAGGGAAACAAUCUUACGCACCUGUAUAUACAACUAGAUCAAUUAGAAUAUAUAAAUAAAAAUAAUCCAUCCAUAGAUAUUACUAAACAACUCUCGAUCAUUAAAGAGAGUAUUAACGAUUUACUAAUUCAGAAAGCAAAUUUUUCAUUAGAAAAAUUACGAAGGACAUGGUAUUAUAGGGGGAAUAAAGCGGAUAAAUUACUCUCGAAUAGGUUAAAGAAGGAUUCUAUCAAGAUGAGGGUAACUAAAAUCAUUCAAGAAGAUAAGGUUCUUUUGAAUCCAUCAAAAAUAGGUCAGGCUUUCCAAGCAUUUUAUACUAAACUAUAUAAUCUUCCAGAUAGACAUUCCCCAGUUAAUCUCUUAGAAUAUUUAGAGAAGUUAAAUCUGCCAAAAAUAACGAAAUCUCAACUACAAAAUGUAAACGAUCCUAUAAACCUGGAAGAGGUCAACCAAGCCAUAGAUAGAUUGAAAAUUUCUAAGUCUCCAGGUCCGGAUGGUUUUACAAAUAAAUUUUAUAAAUCUAUGAAAGAAAAUUUAGCAAAUAUCCUGAGGGAUAUAUUUAAUGAGUUUAUGCUAAAAGGUAACAUCCCGCCGGAGAUGCUGAGAGCUAAUUUGGUCCCUAUUCUUAAACCACAAAAGUCCUCAGAGUUAAUAACCAAUUAUAGACCUAUCUCGUUAUUGAAUGAAGAUUUAAAACUUUAUUCCUCAAUAAUGGCAAGUAGAUUAAAUGGAAUUAUGAUGGAUAUAAUCCAUAGGGACCAAGUGGGCUUUAUUUCCAAACGCUCUUCGGUAUAUAAUGUCAGACGUUUUAUAGACGUAGUGGACUGGGCCCAGUCGAGGAAAUAUUCCCUCCUGAUCCUGUCUUUAGAUGCAGAGAAAGCAUUCGACAGGGUCAGGUGGGACUUCCUCGACGCGGUCCUACAAACCUUUGGCCUUUUUGGGAAUAUAAGAAAAGCAAUAAUGGCCUUAUACUCAACUCCUUCUGCAAGAGUUAUGGGAGCGGGAUUCAGCUCAGAUUUUUUUUCGUUGAAAAACGGGACAAGACAGGGCUGCCCGCUCUCACCUCUUCUCUAUUUAAUGACAAUAGAAGCUCUAGCUGUAGCAAUAAGGAAAAAUGAGGCAAUAAAGGGCCUUAAUUUCAAAAAUGAUUGCAUCAAAUUAACAAUGUAUGCUGAUGAUAUUGUAUUAACCCUAGCAGAUCCUUUAAACUCCUCUAUAGCUUUCUUUAAUACCUUAGAUGAAUACGCUUUACACUCAGGCUAUAAAAUUAACGUCAAUAAGUCGACUGCAUUACUAAUGAAUACCCCUCAGAAUACAAGGGCAACACUUAGGCAGAGAUAUGAAUUUAAUUGGGCGGAGGUUUCUUUUAACUAUUUGGGAAUUGAAAUAGCAAAUGACGUUAAUAUUAUCAUGGAACUCAAUUUUCUAUCUCUUCUUAGAACUACGGCAAAGAAAUUAAAAAAUUGGAAGAAUUUAGAGAUCUCAUGGUGGGGCCGCAUCAAUGUAGUUAAAUCUUAUAUUAUCCCAAAAUGGGUUUAUCUAUUCAGAAUGGUGGCAUUACCGUGCCCGGACAGUUGGUUGACCUUAGCUCAAUCCCUAUUGAAUAAAUUUAUAUGGUUACAUAAGCCUCCAAGAAUAUCCCAAAAACGCUUAGCCUUAAAAGUGAAAAAGGGGGGCCUGGGGGUUCCUAUUCUAAAGGACUUCCAGAAUGCUGCGACUUUUACACACGCAAUUAUUACUCAAUUAAAUGAUAGUAAGAAUGAGAUAUGGUACAAGAUAGAACAAGACCUUACUUCAACUGAGGGACCACCGUUGGAGUUGUCUGUGCUCUUUUGGCCCUUAAAAUUAGAGACCGAUCAUAAGGUAAACCCCAUCUCAUCAAGUGUUAUCCUGAACAAUGUCCUAAGGGGGUGGAAAAAAACUAAAAACUCACUAGGUCUUUAUAAUAAGUUAAUCCCUUCCCUUUCUUUAAGAAAUAUGGCUCACUAUAUGACUAAUCUUAACUUAAAAAGCUGGAUUGAAAAAGGCGUAUAUAAAUUUCAAGACUUAAUGGAUAGAAAUGGAUGGAUGGAUUUUCAAACUUUAAAACAAACAUAUAAAAUAGACAAUAAGGAGACUUUCAAUUACCUUAGGCUAAAAGGCUUUUGUCAUCAAUAUGUUAUCACAGAAAGGUAUGAUCGCUUAAGGGACAUGGGAAAUAUCCUUGAUAGGGAUUCUCCAAAAAAGCUAUUAUCUAUGGGAUUAAACCUAUUACAAAAAAACUCAGAUGAACCUCUAGAAGCUAUAAUUAAUUCUUGGCAAAGAGAUUUGGGAAAUCAGAUUACUUGUAACCAAUGGAGAGAAGCUCUAAAUCUUACCUAUAAACAUAUCCAUUGCCUUAAUCUGGUGGAAUGCCAUUUUAAAAUCAUAAAUAGGUGGUAUAUGGUCCCCAGUAAAAUUAAGAAGUUUAAUAAUUCAGGUAACUCCAAUUGCUGGAGAUGCAAUGUGGAAUGUGGGAACUAUCUACACAUAUGGUGGGACUGUAGGUAUAUACAGAAGUUUUGGAAAAUGAUCUUAUCUAGGAUAAAACUUAUUACUUUGAUUGAUUUACCGAUGGUACCACAGAUAUGCCUUUUACAAUUAGAUAUUCACCAGGUUAGUAGUAGCUCACUGCCGGUUAUCUUGCAUAUAUUAUUAGCCGCGAAACUUUCUAUUGCAAGGUAUUGGAAAAUGGAGCUGGUGCCCUCCUGGCCAGUAGUUAAGGAACAAAUUAAAUAUCAAUUGAAAAUGGAAGCUGGGUUAAAUAUAAAAUAUCAAGAACGCUAUAACUCCUGGUUGGCGAAGUUGGAGGCUGUUGCUGACUUAUAGAUAGAUGUCCUAAAUUUUUCUGGGCCUAAGUUGAGAUCGACACUAUAUUAAGAGUGACCUCAUAUGACCAUUUGAUGUUUUGUCUUGUUAUGUCCUUCUGUAUGUGAGUUGUUUACAGUGAGAUCUUUAAACAACAUAGGGGUUUUACUAAACGUAACUAUACUACUUCAAGCCUAUGUGGAAAAAAGUAAUGUUGUUAUGUGUGUCUUACUGUAUAUGUUCUAUAUGGGAUGUUUUGUUAAUUGUAUCUUCUUUUUUUGUCAAAUCCUAUUGUGUUAAAAAAAAAAGAAAAAAAAGCGGAGUUGAUGUCUGAAUACAGAUUAUAUAUUAAAAAAAAUAAAAAAAAAUUACACAAUGUUACAAUUACUACAUAAAACAUAUACAUGCAACAUAUUCCCAGAUAGCUUAGAUCUGAGCGCACAUUAUUACCAAAUGGCACUCAGAUCACAUACAUACAGUUCAAUCGCCGUGGAGCCAAAGUCUUUUCCAUAGUCUUUCGUUACAUGAAUAGGCUCCAUGGCAUAGCUAUCUGGGGCAGCACUAUGUAGCGGUUACCCCGGAGAGUAGAGGGGUUCCAACCGACGGAGGGUGUUCUUCUCCCGAUGGGUGAGCGGGUAUUAUCAGCAUCCGGUAGUCUUCGAGGUGAGAGAGCUCUUAAAAGAGCUAAUGUGAUUAGCUGUAUAGCUGGUUACCCCCAAUAAGAGACAAAACUCUAGACUGAGGGUGAAGAAGAACUGACUCCAAUGAGUGUUUAUUCCUGCUUAUAUACAACUUUCCCAGCAAGGUUACCACCCACGUGGACACAUGGACUCUGCUUGGGAGAUAAUUGAGUUAAUUAUCUCCAAGCUAAAAAACACACUUUUAUGCCAUUUUUGUAACUUUGUGAGUUUACAUGCGAUAUCAAUAAAACUUAUAUUUUUAUAACCAGCAUAAUUUGGGGAUAAAAAUAUCCAAAAUUCACUUGAAUCGGUUAAGUGGUUCAGGAGAUAGGUGGAAGUCAUAUUUUGACCGAGGAGGGGCAAAGCAGCCAGUUCCAACUGGUUUGGCAGUGUCCCUGGGACAACCCCCUGCUGGAGAACAAUGGGACAGGGGGAGGGGAAAAGGCACACCUUCCCAUGAAUUCAAAGGGGCAGAAAAAGUGUCUCAGAAGUUUCAAUAUGUCCCUACACUGUUUUUAAAGGGCCAGCACUAGUCCAAAGUCCAUAAAACCAACUAAUGUUUUUGAAGAUCCAUACAGGGGUUUUGUUACACACUACUCACAUACUGAAAGUCCCGAACGCCCCGGCAGAAAUACAGAAAUAAACCUUUCUGCAUGGUAAAAUACAGCUAUCAGCACAGGGGCCAGAGUCGGAAGGCAGGAGGCUAGCCAGUAGUCCCCUCCAGGCACAAGUGGCGAAGGGCACUUCGUCACAGACUCCCAGAACUAUGUGACGUCUAGUUAAUGGGUUAAGAUUCAGUGGAGAUACCUAGUCGGGGUAUCGGAGCUCUGCUACAGUGUGUGUGAUAUAGUGCGUGUAUAAUUCAGCGUGUGUGUGAUACAGUGUGUGUGAUAUAGUGUAAAAUAUAGUGUGUGAUGCACGAGAUUUGUGUAUGAUACAGCAUUUCCAAUUUGUUUUUAUAGUGAAAUUAUCUCAACGGCUGAUGGGGGUCAGAUAUCACUGGACUGGACAGAUAGCGGAGACUCCUCUUGCUUUCCUGAUGGCUCCAAAAGGCCAACAAUCAUCUUUUUACCAGGGCUCACAGGGAACAGCCGUCAAACCUACAUAUUGCACUUAGUGAGACAAGCCAGUGGGGAUGGCUAUCGGUGAGUGUAUAUAGUGCCGGUCUGCUGCGAGGUAUUGAUAAAAUCUGUUUACUUCAUGCUGUGAGGGAUUGGUAAAAUCUGUUUACUAUCUGCUGCGAGGGAUUGGUAAAAUCUGUUUACUAUCUGCUGCGAGGGAUUGGUAAAAUCUGUUUACUAUCUGCUGCGAGGGAUUGGUAAAAUCUGUUUAUCUGCUUCAAUCAGGACCUCGCUCCCACACUCACUUACUUUGUGCUCCGACGCCGCAUCUCUCUCUCACUCCACGAGGACACCGUGUCGGGGUGCGAACCCCCAGACAGUGCAGUCGGUUCAAUCACCAACGCCGACCGCUCACCUUUAUGCCAACAGCACCUCUGUUCGCACAAAUGCCACUUUCCUGAUAUAUAAGGAAGAACUCCACGAGAAUACACCUCUGUUCAUGCGAACACUGCUUGCCUAUACUGCAGACAGAACUCAGUUCAUACGAACGCGGGCACCCGAACACAGCAAGAACAAAAGUCUUUUCCUGAGAACACUGCUGCUUCCAUGUGCGACCACACAGAAAGUAGAACUUCAGGAGAAUCAAAGGAUACGCACGCCGACACAGAGCCUUUUAAAGGUACAGGAGGUGGAGACCACAGUGGAACCUCAAUUAACAAGACCACCCUUUUCCCUUUUUUUUGUCGCACACAUCCUUCACUCUUCACUCAGUUGUACUGUGCUCCUGAUUAUGUAAGGACCUUCAGAGACUCUCCAGUUGUAUCCGUAUCCUGUUCCCUAUAGUGACCCUUGUGUGUAUCAUCGCUUCUGAACCUGUGCCACCUGUCCUGACCUUUGGCUUCCCCGACUAUUCUCUUUGUCUGAUCCUUUGGUACUGUGAACUUGGUUCAUUGUCUUCAGCAUCUUGGGCUCUGUCCACUAAACUGUGUUCCUGACAGCUGCUAGGGAUCAAUAAAAUCUGUUUAUUAUCUGCUGCAAGGUGCAAGGUAUUGAUAAAAUCUGUUUAUUAUCUGCUGCAAGGUGCAAGGUAUUGAUAAAAUCUGUUUAUCUGCUGCAAGCAGAAUUUGUUCUCCUCUCCUGUGUCAUCAAAUAUUUCUCUGUCUCUCUCUUUGCAGGAGUGUUGUGUUUAAUAACCGCGGCUUUGGCUGUGAAAAACUACUGGUGAGUUGAGGGUCUAGAUCAGGAGAUAAACGUUUACAGCAAUGGAAGGUUAUUGUCAGAAUGUUCGUACAGACUGUGUGUCAGGGUGGUGAGUUUUACUAUCUGUAUAAUGUGUUAUCUAACCUCAGCUACCGGGGGGUGCUCAUUAACUGGCUGUAUGUCUAAUAUAGUAACAGCCACCAGUGGAUGCUCUUACUGUUUUUAUUGUCUGUAUGUCUAAUUUAACAUUAACCACAAGGGGUGCUCUCUCUUUGUGUUCUGUCUGUAUGUAUAAUCUAACAUUAACCACCAGGGGGUGCUCUCUUAAAGAGGUGUAGCAGAACCCCCUUCUACACUGUGAAUUGUCCCGGGCACCCUGCAAUGUGUGUUACUGUACUGACAUCCAUUUCGUGUGUUUUCCCCCUUGCUUGACCCUGUGUUUGUUCCUUGUGUUUUGUAGAACUGCCUGCUCGCAGUUCGGGAGUACCGCCACGAACAGGACUCCAUUCACCUCCCCAACGGGGAGCACCACAAAAUCUAAUUUAGAAUGUGGUUUUAUAACAUUUGCACCCGGUAAUGAGGUGUCAAAACCACAAACCGCAAGGGAAGCCUCUGCGAUUUUUGGCAUCCCUUCUAAUGUGGAAGUUUAGCAUUGCUUGUUCGCCCUCAAUGUAUUUAUUUACAAUAUUUAGGUAUAUAUGUUUUGCUUACACUUCCGAAGUAAAAUGUUAUUAAGCGGUACACCAGGCUAAAUAACGCGGUCACCCCUGUCUCUCCACCUUCAGACCCCUCGAACAUUCUGUGCUGCUAACACCGAGGAUCUCAGCUUGGUGGUGGGUCAUGUGCGCAGUCUAUAUCCAGCCGCUCCACUCUUAGCUGUUGGUGUGUCCUUGGGAGGGUAAGUGUUCCUGUUUGGUUUUCAGUGAGCAGGUAAAGAUGGGUGGGUAAUGACCUGUUGUGAGGAAUUUCCAUUUGGACUUGAGGAGAUUGGAUCAUUGAUACGAGCUCAGAGAGUCACAACACACACCUGUAUGCUUCAGAAUCACUCUGGUUUAUUGCACAUUCUCAUGUAGCAUAAAAAGAUCCAACAGGUUUAUUCAAAUCAAGAUUGUAGACAUAAACAGAAGCCAAGGACAUGGUCUGUGUAACGGAUCGCCUGGCACCCUGACUGGGUACCUCAAGGAUGCUCCUAGCGCUUCCUGAGGGCUCCAAGCACUCCAGCUGACACCAUAACCACCGUAGACUCCUCCAGAGAGCAAGGCAGGAACAAUCUCUAACAAGAGCUUAGCAGUGAAUAUAGCAAGGGAGUAUGCAGAGCAUAGCAAUCCCUUGUAGGAGAUUCCCCCAAUAAGAGACAGGACUCAGAUUGAGGGUGAAGUAGAACUGUUUUUAAUCAGCAUCAAAGUGCUUUCUUUUAUGCAAGUUUUCAGACCAGAGGCACACCUCCUGGACCUGGUGGUAAACUGUGACAAAAGUGACACAAACCAAUGGAAAUGCUAAUUAACAAAAUAUCACUCCCACAUACACAGUAGAAAUCCUCCCCUCUGUCUGUGAUAUAAUUACUGAACACAAUGGGCUAAAGUAAUUAUCACAGGCAGGAAAAUACAGUUUUCCCCAAUAUUCAUAAAUCUAAAAGUAUACCUCAAAUUCACAUUUUCAGAAUCAGCAUACUCCAAAUACAAACAUAUGUCAAAAUCAUACAAAUUGGUCCAGUGGGUCAAAAGUUAGUUAGAAGUCCCUUUUUGACCAACUGCAAGCAUGGCUUGGGUGUGGUAAGCCAAUUAUCUCCAGCAUACAGAAAUAUCUCAAUUUACAACAACAGUAAAAACACAUAAAAAUACAUAAUUCCCAUCACACUGAACAGAACCCCCACAUUCAACCAGCUUGGAUCUGAGCGCUCACUAUAUCCGAACAGCGCUCAAUCCGCAAUCCUUUCUUGGUGUAUACAGCUUUUAUGCACAGUCCCCCGCAGGGGGUCUCCACUCUUUCAGUACAGGAGGGGGAGGGGGAUAAUAUAAAAUGCAAACAAUACAGGGAUCCAGCUGGUAUCACCAAAACAUAUAAAUAAAAUACAACAUAGUAUAAUACUGUUACAGACCUUCAAUCACCCAACACUUCAUGGUUACACUCACAGAUUAGUUGUAUAAAGCAAGCCCUCAUGGUGCCCCCCCUGUGGUAUGUCCUACUGCUGGUGAUAGCUCCAAUCUGGAACCCAGGAAGGUCACACACUCUAAAUGGUAUGGAUGUAGAAAAUAUUUAUUGUCAUAUUGUGCUAAAAUAAUAUUGUUAAAAGAGGGUCCUAUGCGUUUUCGUUCCCUUUAGGAAACUUCCUCAGGGACCAACAUUAAAAUAAUUACAAUAAAAUACACAGAAAAAUACAAUCAAGUGAACCAACAAGCCUAAUACCUCCCUCCCUGUAUAAGGUGGAUUCUGGAAGACCAUGGGUGGUGUGGUGGGCAUUCUCUCAUCUUCUCCUUUGAUUGGACCAAUUAUCGACCGGCAGAUUACCUCUGUGUUCCCUUCCUCAGCUGUUCGUAUUUGCCGAUAAAUGGUGCGCGGUAACUUUGGCUCUCCCUGAUGACACACUUCAGGCAAAUUGGAUGUCUUUCCAUAAUGACGCACUUCCGUGCGUUCCACUAUUCCGGCUAGUUGAUAUGGCAUUACGAUCUUUUAUUAAUAUUCUUUUCAUCGUCCUCUGGUGGUUGCCAGGGAUAUUGCGAUAGUCCUCAAAGGGACACUAUAGUGUCAGGAAAACCGCUUAGUUUUCCUGACACUAUAGUACCCUGAGGGUGCCCCCACCCUCAGGGUCCCCCUCCCACGGCGCUGAAGGGGUUAAAACCCCUUCAGCUACUCACCCUUUAAAAUGUAUGGACAUUGCAUGUUGAUGUAUAAUUGAGGGCAUCCUAUUCAUUAUAUAUUAUCUUUAUUUUACAAUAUUAAAAAUAAGGCUAAAACUCAUUUAACUCUUUCACUUUGUAAAUCAAACAAAAGGGGUUUUUGUUCUCCAAACAUUUUGGUUGUUUUUUGAACAGAUGUGCUACAUAUAUUAUUCCAAACUAUGCUUCUAUCUCAAAGUGGUUGGAAUCUAAGGAGCCUCCUAAUUAAUUUAAAAAACAUACCAGAUCUAUAUCUACAUGUCCUAUGGGGGUUAAAGUUUGCCAUUUGUGGAUCCAGAAUGUUUCUCUCUGUGCCAGUUUCUUAUCCCUAUUGCCCCCCCCCCAGGGCCCGCCAUCAGAAAUUGUGGGGCCCCUAACACAGCUCAAGGUCUGGGCCCACAGGUGCCCGCCUCCAAGCCCGCCCAAAGGGCCCGCCUCCAAAUCCCGCCCACAGGAAUACACACAUUCCUGACACAGACACAGACACACACAGAAAGAUACACACAUAAUAACGGAUACAAAUACUGAAACAGACAUACACACAUACAGGCAUACUGACACACACAUAGAGACACACACACACAUGCAUAAGGAGAUACAGAUACACACACACACACACUGACACAGACACAUACAUACAUUAUGAUAUAUACUGACACACACACACACACACACAUACAUACAUACAUACACACAUACUGGCAUACAUACAUACUGGCAUACAUGCAGGCAUACAUACAUAUACAUACUGGCAUGCAUACAUACAUACAUACCCAUACAGGCAUAUACACGUACUGGCAUACAUACAAAUAGUGACAUACAGGCAUUCAUACAUACUGACAUACAUACACAUACUGGCAUACAUACAUACUGACAUACAUACUGUUACGGUAUACCCAGGUAUAUGAGGGGUUAAGACCACUGAGGACGUUCCCUUUCCGAAUGGAGAAGCAGUUAACGAAAGCUCCAAUUAGCCAAACAGUAACCAUACGAAAUCCUUCACGAACUAAACAGUCGAACAAGCAAACCAUAUGAAUCCAAUACCCCCAAGUACAAGACCAAGCUCCGUAUUGAGGGUUAAGCAGAGAUCUGGUUUAUUGAGGGCUACCUGCCUGGUAUUUAUGCAGGUCUUCCACAUGGUGGAAACUCCCCUAGGGGACCAGAUGGAAGACUGGGACAAUAUGAAUACAGUGGCCAAUCACAGUGGCACAAGCAUAAACACUCCCCUUUAGCUGAGAAAGAGAAAGACCCCCCUCUCUAUCCCGGAGAUAAUUGGGAAGUAAUCUGUGACGAAGUGCCCUUCGCCACUUGGUCCUGGAGAGGCCUGCUUGCCAGCCUCCUCCCCUGUGACUAUGACUCUCUCAUGUAUUUGGCUUUAAAGCCCCUAGUCUACCUUCAGACAGACUAUUUAUGUAAACUGCUUUAUUUAUCUUAUGUUUUAGUCACCCUGUACCCAUUAUAGGUGUGUAAUGUAAUUGUUUAUAGUGUGUGUGUGUGUACUGUGAAAUGUAUUGCCUGCUCUCCUGUACUGCUGAGGUUUGCUACCAACUAGGUGGGUUUGGCUAUGGAGCUUGUCUAGUGCCCUCUGUUGGUAGCAACAGAAAUAUGCACUAACUGAAUUGCAAGACUGGUUCAUUUGCAUAUUCGGGUAGAUUUGCAUAUCGCUAAUUCUGCAGGCAGGUGAGAUAUUUACUGUUAAAUAUUGUCUCCCCCACCCCUUUAAAAAUGUGCCAUUGUGUUGUGAUAAGUGCUAUGCUCUGCAUGCUCCCCUGAGCUUGAAUCACUUAGCUCUUUUAAGAGCUUGUUCCUGACACGCUCUCCUUGGAGGAGGGGGUCAUCACCACACAGUCCUGGAUGCUAGAUACAUGGUGGAAGGUAGACGGCGAGACUCCAGUUAAGAUACAGCGGUUGCGGAGUCUGCGGUGGUUGUGGUGUCUGCUGCACUGCUUGGAGUCCUCAGGAAGCACUAGGAGCAUCCGUCAACGGAGGGUACUCAGUCGGAGUACAAGGAGCUCCGUUACAUAAUCCAAUUAUCUCCACGGAUAGAAGCUAAACUCCAUUUUAGACAUAGUAAUAAAAAUACAUAAAAAUCAAUAACUUCAAAUUACACGAAUAGAAUGACCACAUUUAACGUAUCCCCAGAUAGCCUGGAUCUGAGCGCACAUUAUUACCGAAUGGCGCUCAGAUCCUAUACACACAGUCCAAUUGCCAUGGAGCCAAAAUCUUUCACAUUGUCUUUCGGUAUACGAAUGGGCUCCAUGGGAUGGCUAUCUGGGGUAAGUCUAUUCAUGCCGGAAAGUACCAAAUGGACUGGCAUUCGUAUGCUGGAUGGCAGAGAAGGGAGGUCGGCGGUUUCAGCGGUUUUCGGGAGAAAUAGUGUCCGUUUUCAGUUCCAUGAAAAUGACGAACACCGCUGAUCAUUCGUGCAUCUAAGAUGGCCGCCGCCUCAUGGUCGGCAUACGAACGAAGACCUCCCAGCAUACCGUCGACAAUUAGGAGGUGUCUGCGGUUAACCACAACGUUCGAAUGAGGCCAAGAGGUUAACCAGCAGCACACUUCCAUGCUGGGUGGCCGGCCGUUCGGCGGUUUGUUCAGGAGUUUGGUAAAUAAACGAACGGGGGGUACGGACAGUCAAUUAACCAAAAAACAGACGAAACCAGAGGGGUAUAGGCAUAGUUCCAAGACAGAGGGAUCUGUCACACCUACAUAUUGACAUACAUACACUGGUAUACAUACAUACACACAUGUAUUUUAAUUUUUUUAAAUUAAUUUUUCAGCCACCCUCCUCUUAUAGAAACAUAGAAACAUAGAAUGUGACGGCAGAUAAGAACCAUUCGGCCCAUCUAGUCUGCCCAAUUUUCUAAAAAACUUUCAUUAGUCCCUAGCCUUAUCUUAUAGUUAGGAUAGCCUUAUGCCUAUCCCAUGCAUGCUUAAACUCCUUUACUGUGUUAACCUCUACCACUUCAGCUGGAAGGCUAUUCCAUGCAUCCACUACCCUCUCAGUAAAGUAAUACUUCCUGAUAUUAUUUUUAAACCUUUGUCCCUCUAAUUUAAGACUAUGUCCUCUUGUUGUGGUAGUUUUUCUUCUUUUAAAUAUAGUCUCCUCCUUUACUGUGUUGAUUCCCUUUAUAUAUUUAAAUGUUUCUAUCAUAUCCCCCCUGUCUCGUCUUUCCUCCAAGCUAUACAUGUUAAGAUCCUUUAACCUUUCCUGGUAAGUUUUAUCCCGCAAUCCAUGAACCAGUUUAGUAGCCCUUCUCUGAACCCUCUCUAAGGUAUCAAUAUCCUUCUGAAGAUACGGUCUCCAGUACUGUGUACAAUACUCCAAGUGAGGUCUCACCAGUGUUCUGUACAAUGGCAUGAGCACUUCCCUCUUUCUACUGCUAAUACCUCUCCCUAUACAACCAAGCAUUCUGCUAGCAUUUCCUGCUGCUCUAUUACAUUGUCUGCCUACCUUUAAGUCAUCAGAAAUAAUCACCCCUAAAUCCCUUUCCUCAGAUGUUGAGGUUAGGACUCUAUCAAAUAUUCUGUACUCUGCCCUUGGGUUUUUACGUCCAAGAUGCAUUAUCUUGCACUUAUCCACAUUAAAUGUCAGUUGCCACAAUUCUGACCAUUUUUCUAGUUUACCUAAAUCAUUUGUCAUUUGGCUUAUCCCUCCUGGAACAUCAACCCUGUUACAUAUCUUAGUAUCAUCAGCAAAAAGACAUACCUUACCAUCAAGACCUUCUGCAAUAUCACUAAUAAAAAUAUUAAAGAGAAUGGGUCCAAGUACAGAUCCCUGAGGUACCCCACUGGUGACAAGUCCAAGCUUCGAAUAUAUUCCAUUAACUACAACCCUCUGUUGCCUGUCACUCAGCCACUGCCUUACCCAUUCAACAAUAUUUGAAUCCAAACUUAAAGAUUGCAGUUUAUUGAUAAGCCUUCUAUGUGCAACAGUGUCAAAAGCCUUACUGAAAUCUAGGUAAGCAAUGUCUACUGCACCACCUUGAUCUAUAAUUUUAGUUACCCAAUCAAAAAAAUCAAUAAGAUUAGUUUGGCAUGAUCUCCCUGAAGUAAACCCAUGUUGUCUCUGAUCUUGAAAUCCAUGUGUUUUUAGAUGUUCAUCAAUCCUAUCCUUUAACAUGGUUUCCAUCACUUUCCCCACUACUGAAGUAAGGCUUACUGGCCUAUAGUUGCCCGACUCCUCCCUAUUACCUUUCUUGUAAAUGGGCACAACAUUCGCUAACUUCCAAUCUUCUGGGACUACUCCUGUUAACAAUGAUUGGUUAAAUAAAUCUGUUAAUGGUUUUGCUAGUACACCACUAAGCUCUUUUAAUAGCUUUGGGUGUAUUCCAUCAGGUCCCAUUGACUUAUUUGUCUUUACUUUUGACAGUUGAAAUAGAACCUCUUCCUCUGUAAACUCACGUGUAAUAAAUGACUCAUUUAUCCUUUUUCUCAACUGAGGUCCCUUUCCUUCAUUUUCUUCUGUAAAUACAGAACAAAAAUAUUCAUUGAGGCAGUCAGCCUGACCUUUUAUCCUCUUCUACAUACCUUCCUUCUUUUGUUUUUAAUCUAACUAAUCCUUGUUUUACUUUUCUUUUCUCAUUUAUGUAUCUAAAAAUGUUUUAUCCCCCUUUUUUACUGACUGUGCUAUUUUCUCUUCUGUGUGUGAUUUGGAAGCUCUUAUAACUUGCUUAGCCUCUUUCUGCCUAAUCUUAUAGAUCAUUUUGUCUCCCUCACUCUGGGUUUUUUUAUAAUUCCUAAAUGCUAACUUUUUGUUUUUAACUAUUUUGGCCACAUCUGCGGAGUACCACAGUGGUUUCUUGAAUUUUUUGCUUUUACUGACCAGCCUAAUGCAAUUUUCUGUUGCCUUCAAUAGAGCAACUUUUAAAUAAACCCAUUUUUCUUGGACUCCAUUUAAAUUGCUCCAGUCUGAUAAUGACUCCUCUACCCAUAUUCUAAUUUUAGAAAAGUCUGUUUUUCUAAAGUCUAAAACUUUUGUUUUUGUGUGGUGUGACUCAGUCACUGUUCUUAUAUUAAACCACACUGACUGAUGAUCACUGGAUCCUAAACUUUCACCUACAGUAACAUCUGAUACCAAAUCUCCAUUUGUUAACACUAAAUCUAGUAUGGCCUCUUUACGAGUUGGCUCCUCAACAACUUGUUUUAGAGACAAUCCCAGUAGGGAGUUUAGAAUAUGUGUGCUCCUGGCACAAGUAGCUAAUUUUGUUUUCCAAUUUACAUCAGGAAGAUUAAAGUCACCCAUGAUGAUAACUUCCCCCUUCAUUGUCAUUUUAGCUAUUUCCUCAACUAGUAGAUUAUCUAACUCUUCAAUUUGUCCUGGGGGCCUAUAAAUCACACCUACACGAGUUACUGUGUGAUUACCAAAUUCUAACGUAGCCCAAACGGACUCUAUGUUUGCCUCACUAACUUUUAUUAGGCUAGAUUUUAUGCUAUCCUUCACAUACAAGGCCACCCCUCCCCCUUUCUUGCCUUCCCUAUCUUUCCUAUAUAAAGAGUACCCUGGUAUUGCUAUGUCCCAGUCAUUUUUCUCAUUGUACCAUGUCUCAGUAACAGCGACUAAAUCUACACUAUCAGUUGCCAUUAUUGCCACAAGUUCAUGGAUCUUAUUCCCUAAACUGCGAGCAUUUGUAGACAUGACUCUAAGCUUAUCAUUUUUUAACACACUUGCUACAGGCACCUUCUGUCCUUGUUUUGGGGACAAUUGGAUUGAUGUUUUAUCACCCUUUUGCCCCCCCCUCCUAGUUUAAAUACAUCCUAGCAAAACCUCUAAACUGCUCACUGAGAACAUUUGUUCCCUUUUGAGAAAGAUGCAAACCAUCUUUUUUGUACAGCUUAUCUCCAUUCCAAACAGAGCUACCAUGAGAAAUAAAGCCAAAUCCUUGCUCCCGACACCAUUCACCAAGCCACAAAUUAAAGUCCCUAAAGUCCUCUUCCUUACCUUUGCAUUGCAGGAGGGUGGCUGGGGAUGAUGGGCGUCGCUGCCUCUCCUCUCGGCCUUCAGACUGUCUCUCCUCCUUCCCGCACGGAGUAAGCUGGGAGGAAGUGACGCAGCAAUUGCGUUACGGCUGCAUUUUUUAAAGGGGCCCGGUUGCGCUAUUACAGCGCUGACCGGGCCCUUGAAGAUAAUAGGACCCAUUGGGUGGCCCCAUCAGCGUGUGGGGCCCGGUGCAGAUACACCGGUGGCAGUUCCGCCACUCCACGCGGGGCCCGGCAUGGUUGUCACCCCCUGAUGGCGGCCCUGGCCACCCCUCCAAUGUGGUGAGAUUCGCUCUAUGCCCACACAGGUUAGGUCUUUUAAUUUAAAGGCUGGGAAUGAAUUACAGUGAACUGGUACUGAGUGAGAUAUUAGCCCUUUUUGAUAAUGUUCUAACUUUGAAAGCUCUUUUAGUGCGGCCUACGUACUGCUUGCCACACGGACACUGCAGUAAAUAUACUACAUAGUCUGUGAGGCAGCCAAUACUGGCCUUAAUGGGAAAAGUCUCACCUGUUGCUUUACUGGUAAAUUGUGAGCUUUUACCUAAAGUUGUUGUUAGACAUGCUUUAUAUCUAUUGCAUCCUUUACUCUUGUUAACUGCCCCUUCGCUAUUCCUUUCAACCAUGGUUGAUGGUGACAGGAGGGGGAGGGGGAUGGGUUACAGAUAACCAUCUCCUGCUCUGGGAGAUACCAACAGACCACCGUUACAUACAUUAAAACAUAUUACACACAGGGGGGAACUUAAAACAUAUGUCCUUGGAUAGCUCCGGUGUCAACUCGGAUGCCUGCAAAUAGCGGGGCUAUCUGAUGUACAGAGCCCGAGAAACCAUUGUCUAAAGUCUGGGCUCGAGGAUCUGUACAUGCCCGAUAUAAGUUCCACCGCGUUGCUUGGUUUAGUCUGGCGAAUUCAAACUUUGCGCCUAAGCCAAGCAACAGCCAUUUCGGAAAAAGGGCGUGAACCAAAUAGCGCCAAUCAGCGCUCAGGGAGCAGAGGGGUUUCGCCGCCCAAUCAGGAGAAAGUGUGAAACCCUGUUUGAAUGGGCGCUCCUUCUCUGAUUGGUCACCCGCAGUGACCAAUCAGCGCUCACUUGUGCCGAUCCAUCAGGAGAUGGGCGUUCACCUAUACGAACUCAUUAAUUACUUCCCUUGCGGUUUCCCACUUAUGUUGAAGGUGCGAACGUUCGGAUUGAUUGGUGUGAACAUCCUAAUGGUGGUCCGCGUUUGGUAGACUAACAGGUUCCGUUCGCAUGAGCUCUCCCGAACGGUCAACAGUGCAUAUUACACGAAAGGCAGAGAUACCUGGGAAAACACAGUGGGAACACACCAUGCAAGAGAAAAGCACAAGAAUAAGCAGUGGGCAUGGUACUCAGUGACGGCGGUCCGCCACACAUCGGUAUUGUAGUUUAAUGUUUCUGGUAAGGUAAUUGUGGGUAGGUAUUGUGGUUUAGUGUCUAUGGUAAGGUAAUGGUGGGUGGGUGUUGCGGAGCUAUAGGCAAGGACUUUCACCGCUGAAUCCUUCAUGAGCUUGUACAAGGCACUGAAUAGUUAAUAGCUCUUUCCCUCCCAGGAACUGGCUGAUACACAAUUCUGAGAGUACAACAGUUUUUAUUGAACCUGUCAUGGAGUAACACUUCCGGGUUCGGCACUCAGCUGUGAGGAGCCGGACCCCACCCCCCUCUGACACAGCUCUGACAGUAUUUAGGGAGACUGGGCCAGAGAGAGGGUGCUUGGUGAUUGUGUGUGAGCUGCCUCCACGAGACCGCGGGCUCCACAGGCUCAGCUACUGGGAGCUACUUCCACCAGACUUACCUCUCCACAAGCUCAGACAAGCCGUUCCAGCUUUUGAGCCAAUGCAAGGAUUGCUGCAUGCCAUAAAGGAUUACUGGAUACUUUGCUACUUUACAAGAGGACCAUAUCUCUGAACUAUUGGAGGACUACUCAGAUUAACCUUAAGUAUAUCUUUCAGCUAUUUGUCUACAAUAUCAUUUAUUAAUGAACUAAUGCUUGCUUACUCAAAUCUUCAAGCUACUAAUUAUACGGAGGACAACUCCCAUCAUGUUUAUUCACUAUGAACUGUUCUUGCUCUGCAAAUAUUCUUAGCUACUUGCUUAUUGUUUCUAUUGAAGAUUAUUCUCAUGAACUUAAAGAAUGUUACUUAAUGCAUCUCUGAGGAAAUACUUAUUAAUGAACUUUGUGUUGUUGAUUACUUGCACUUCUUCUUAUUGGAUUAUUGCCUAAAUGCAAUUCAUUUAAGUUUAACACUUAUUAAAACUUCGGUUGAAUCAAGUUACAAGUGAUUCUCUCUUUUCUUAAAGCUACAGUAUUGAUACUUUAAAGAUUCUCUGUUUCUUCACUAUUGUAAUUAGGGAGGUCUACAAGCUGCAGCUGAGUUCCAAUCCAAAUCACCCAAGUAGCGUAACAGAACCAACCCCGCCUUUUCUGCACAGACCCCAGCAUACAAUACAUACAACCCCGCCCAGGCGUCUGUCUGGGAGAUAAUUGAGUCAUGGACCAUGUAGCGGAGAGCUGAUCUCCCACAGCCUAUUUCCGCUGGUAAUCCCAGAAUGGCUCAGGAACAAGUACUAAAUCCCGUAGGUUAGUAGGCACGAUCAGUAAGACAAUACAAUAAUAUCCCAUCACCUUUCCCAAUAACUGGACGACACACAGUAUCAGGAGCAGAACUGAACUUUUAUUCCACAUUUUAUGCAGUUCUCCCCUGCAAGGGAGACACCCACAGUAAUUAUUACAGUAACCAAUCACAUAGACGUUACCUCCCACACAUCUCCUCCCCUCAUUUUAACAGAUAACACCAUUAAAAUGUACACAUUUUUCACAAAGUUCUGGAUGUACCCCAACCCUAUGAAUAACACCCCUAAAUGUGGUAUUCCCCGAUAGCCCUGAUCUGGGUGAACAACAUAUUAAAAAAUUACCCAGAUCGGACCAGGGGUUCGGGAGUUAUGUGGAAGAAACUUUUGACUGACCGCGCAGGCAGCAGUAGCCGAAAUUAGUUCCAUACAGUUUGGCCUGGCGGUCGGUCUCCUUUCGUGCGUUAAGUCCCGAAAAUAUAUGCCAUCCAGGGUUGAGCUAGCAUUCGGAUGAAUCCCCUUGUUCGUAGGAUUCAUCCUACCGUACGGCGGGCCGUUCGUGUGUUUCAGUCGGUAUUUUCUGGAGCCCUGGAGGACUUAGCGGUGUUCGCGUAGUCGAGUGUCCGAUUUGAGUUCCAGACACUCGACGACCAAACACCGCUGUUCGUGUGUUAAGAUGGCCGCAUCCACGUGUUCGGGUGCCGAAAUGGCGGCCACCCAGGGACUUAAACAAUGCGUUUGUGCUUUUUCCAAUGAAAAUACAAUGAAACGAACGGGGAGGUUAAUUACAGCCACGCUUCACAUCAGGGUGGUACUUUGGUUCGGAUGGUGAAUAAAGCAGUUCAAUUAAGUUUUAUAUGGCUUUUUACCGGACAACCAAACAAAUGCUUUAACUGUAUAAUAAAUCCACACGAAAGUCUUUAUAAAAUAAAUCCACAUGGAAGUCUCUGGGGUCACCUAGCAAACAAACAGGGAAUAUGAUGGACAGCCAGUCUCUGCUACACUGCUCCCCCAUUGCCCACAAGCCGGCAUACACAGUCGGAUCCAGCACGGAUCGGCUUGGGGAUGUCCGGGGAGGCUCACGGAUCAUUUCUCCAAGUCAUUUUGUCUAAACAACCCGUCUGCAUUUCUAUUUUGUUUUCCUGGGCGGUACUGGAUGUUAAAGGGCUGCAGAGCCAAACUCCAGUGCAGCAGCCGGACACUGUCCCCUGCCACCCGGUUUAGCCAGACCAACGGGUUGAAUCCGUGAGCAACGAAAAUGGCUGUCCAUACAAGUAGAUGUACCAGGCAUUCUCGAUGGCGGCGUAGCUUACUUCUCUAGGUAACAGUUUUCUGCUGAUGUAUGCCACAGGAUGUUCUCCGCCAUCAGCCCCGACUUGGCUCAGUACUGCCCCCAAUCCAAACAUAGAAGCGUCUGUGUGAACAAGAAAGCGUUUAGUUGGAUCGGGAGCUGCCAAGACAGGGGCAUUUAUAAGAACAUGUUUCAAUUGUUGGAAUGUCUACUCACACUCCGGGGUCCAGGUUACUUGGCAGGGAAGGUUUUUCCAGGAAAGGUCGGUAAGGGGUUUGGCCAGGGUGCUAUAAUUGGGGAUAAACUUUCUAUAAUACCCUGCUGUCCCUAAAAAAAGCUAAUAGUUAAUCCUGGGAGUUUGCCACUGAGCUACGGUCUCUACCUUCGCUGGCUCGGGCUUCUGCUUCCCACAGUCUACCCUAUGGCCGAGGUACUGAACCUCAGCCAUCCCUAUACUACACUUAGUGGGCUUCAGGGUUAACCCUGCCUCCCGGAUCCUGUCUAGAACCGCUCCUAUGUGGGCCAAGUGCUCCUGCCAGGUAUUGCUGAAGAUGGCAAUAUCGUCGAGGUAUGCGCAGGUAUAGUCUUGGCACCCCUCUAGGAGACAGGCCACCAUCCUCUGAAACGUAGCCGGAGCGUUCUUCAUCCCAAACAGCAUCACCUUAAAUUGGUAUAAGCCGAAUGGGGUGACAAACGCCGACUUAGGGAUGGCGUCCGGGGCCAGGGGGAUUUGCCAAUACCCCUUACAUAGAUCAGAGGUAGUGAGGUAUUGGCCCUUGGCCAUCCAGUCCAGCAGCUCGUCUAUCCGGGGCAUGGGAUAGGCGUCGGACACUGUCUUUUCAUUUAACCUCCGGUAGUCCACGCAGAAGCAGGUCGUGCCAUCCCGCUUGGGUACGAGGACUACAGGGGAGGCUCAGGGGCUGUCCGGCUCAAUCACAACCAGUUGGAGCAUCUCAUUGAUCUCCUUGCGCAUGUUCUUCCUUACCGCCUCAGGGAUGCGGUAGGGAGUCUGUCGCAGUGGGAGUUGACCCGGGGUCUUUACCCAGUGAGUGGCCAGAGGAGUGUAGCCAGGCAUAUUGGAGAAGGUCUCCUGCUUCUCCCUGCUGUACCUUGCUACGCUCCUGUGGACUUAGCCGGUCUCCCAACUUAACUUUGGCUAUAUCACUGGGCAAUAUUCUGUCCCACAGCAGGUCUGGGAGAGGAAGGUUGUCAAACUCCUUGGAGGGGGGUGCGCAAAUGGCUGUCACCUCCUCGGAGCACUCCCGGUAGGGAUUCAUUUAUGGGGUCGUCUACGGGAACUUGGGGGGUUAAAAGGGGCAUGUGUGCCUACCUGAGCCUCAGAGUGUGAGCCGACUUGGGUGGUGCAGGCUUGCUGCCGGGUCAUUAUGGGGUAGGCUUCUUCCAGGGUCUGGACGGAGACAAAGGUGGAGACGAGAUGUCCCAGGUCGUUGCCGAGCAGCACGUCUGUGGGUAGUCAAUCCAUGAGGCCCACUUCUACUCUCUGGGCUCCAGCGCCCCAAACAUGGGCAGUGGGUAGGUAGUGGACAUUCCCUCCGGCCACCCGGACGGCGACAGUACCCCCGUCCUUUCUUCUUCGGGGAUAAGCUAGGGCCGCACCAGAGUGAGAGUGGCUCCGGUAUCUCGGAGCCCCUGGACCUUGCACCCGUUCAGCCGCACUGGCUGUGGCAGUCCUGGUUAUCAUGGGUGGCCUGGACAGGGUUUGCCUUAUGCAGGGUGGUCCAGUCGUCUUCGUUGGGGUUCGGGGAAUCUGUGGGGUCAUCGUGGUAGCAAAGGGCUGCUGCUCAUGGGCCAGGAGGGAAGACGGGGGUGACCCACUGUGGUCGGCCCCAGUUUUGGGGACAGUUCAGUUUUGAUGAGGCUGAGCUGGCUGCAUUGAAAACAGCGCUGAUUCCAGGGGAAUGCCCGCUGGGGGGGUGACCGGGCCAGGAAGCCACAAAGGGGAGCUGCAGUAGUGGAGGUGAGUUGUAGCAGAGGUCGGACGGGGGGUUGGUAGCUGGGAGAGGGAGCAGGGCGUUGGGACCGGCAAGUAUCAGCAUACUCGAGAGCCCGUUUGGCUGCUUCGGUCAUGGUCUUGGGCUGCUGGUCUCUCACCCAUUCCUGCACCUCUGUGGGGAGCUUGUUGUAAAAGUGUUCAAGCAUGAACACUUGGAGAAUCUCUUCGGGGGACUUGGCUUGUUGACAAGGCCAUGCAACUGUGGGUGGCACGGAUGAUGCGGCAUGCCCACUCUGCAUGGGAGUCCUUCUCGCCUUUCUUGGUUCCCCUGAACGUCCUGCAGUACGCCUCUGGGGUUACAGCAUACCGGGCUAGGAAGACUUCUUUGACCGACUCGUACUACCGGAUCUGGUCUGUUGGUACAUCUCGGUAGACCUCUGCUGCCCUCCCCGUUAGGGUCAUGGCAGAUAGUGACACAGUCGGCAGGGGCAAAAUGCUGCUGGAAGUCUUCGAUGCCUUCUUCUGCCUCCUACUUUAAAGGUGGCAACGGGUAACUUGGGCUUUCAUGCCAAGCCUUCUGGGGACCUCUCUAUCUUACGGCAGGAGAUUGUAUUGUAGGAAUGGCAGAUGGAUUACUGUAGGAUCUGGUAGACUUAGAGUUGUGGAGGCAUAUUGCACAGUCUGUUGCUCUACAUAAUUCAUUUUCUGCACUUUCAGAGUGUAAUGGUGUUGUGGAGAGAGGCACUGAGGCUAGUGGUGUUGUGGACAGAGGCACUGAGGCUAGUGGUGUUGUGGAGACAGGCUCAGGCACUGAGGCUAGUGGUGUUGUGGAGACAGGCUUGGAGACUAUGGUGAGGCCUAAUAGAUAGCAGUUGUUGUUGUUGUGGGAUUCCAUCAUAAGAGGUGUGGAGAUGGACAAUGGUGGUCUUGUGAGGUGUCUUCCCGGCGCUACUGCUCACAGAGACAGGAGAUGUAUCUGUAAUAUUGUUAAGCGAGCAGAGCAGGAAGGGGAAUUGGAAGUACUUGUCCAUCUAGGGACAAAUGACUUGACUUGCAAUGAGGUUUCAGAGGUUAAGGAAGUUUUUUGUGUUUUUGCCAAUGAUAUAGGCAGGUUGCUUCCACACUGUCAUAACACUCAGAACAACCGGCGGAUGCGUAUUAGGGACUUUAAUUUGUGGCUUGGUGAAUGGUGUCGGGAGCAAGGAUUUGGCUUUAUUUCUCAUGGCAGCUCUGUUUGGAAUGGAAAUAACCUGUACAAAAAAGAUGGUUUGCAUCUUUCUCAAAAGGGAACAAAUGUUCUCAGUGAGCAGUUCAGAGGUUUUGCUAGGAUGUAUUUAAACUAGGAGGGGGGAGGGGCAAAAGGGUGAUAAAACAUCAAUCCAAUUGUCCCCAAAACAAGGACAGAAGGUGCCUGUAUCAAGUGUGUUAAAAAAUGAUAAGCUUAGAGUCAUGUCUACAAAUGCUCGCAGUUUAGGAAAUAAGAUCCAUGAACUUGUAGCAAUAAUGGCAACUGAUAGUGUAGAUUUAGUCGCUGUUACUGAGACAUGGUAUAAUGAGAAAAAUGACUGGGACAUAGCAAUACCAGGGUACUCUUUUUUUUAUAUAGAAAAGACAGGGAAGGCAAGAAAGGGGGAGGGGUGGCCCUGUAUGUGAAGGAUAGCAUAAAAUCUAGCCUAAUAAAAGUUAGUGAGGCGAACAUAGAGUCCGUUUUGGGUUACGUUAGAAUUUGGUAAUCACACAGCAACUCGUGUAGGUGUGAUUUAUAGGUCCCCAGGACAAAUAGAGGAGUUAGAUAAUCUACUAGUUGAGGAAAUAGCUAAAAUGACGAUGGAAGAAGUUAUAAUCAUGGGUGACUUUAAUCUUCCUGAUGUGAAUUGGAAAACAAAAAUAGCUGCUUGUGCCAGGAGCACACAUAUUCUAAACUCCCUACUGGGAUUGUCUCUAAAACAAGUCUUUGAGGAGCCAACUCGUAAAGAGGCCAUACUAGAUUUAGUGUUAACAAAUGGAGAUUUUGUAUCAGAUAUUACUGUAGGUGAAAGUUUAGGAUCCAGUGAUCGUCAGUCAGUGUGGUUUAAUAUAAGAACAAUGACUGAGUCACACCACACAAAAACAAAAGUUUUAGACUUUAGAAAAAGAGACUUUUUUCUAAAAUUAGAAUAUGUGUAGAGGAGUCAUUAUCAGACUGGAGCAAUUUAAAUGGAGUCCAAGAGAAAUGGGAUUUAAGAGUUGCACUACUGAAGGCAACAGAAAAUUGCAUUAGGCUUGUCAGUAAAAGCAAAAAAUUCAAGAAACCACUGUGGUACUCUGCAGAUGUGGCCAAAAUAGUUAAAAACAAAAAGUUAGCAUUUAGGAAUUAUAAAAAAACCCAGAGUGAGGAAGACAAAAUGAUCUAUAAGAUUAGGCAGAAAGAGGCUAAGCAAGUUAUAAGAGCUUCCAAGUCACACACAGAAGAGAAAAUAGCACAGUCAGUAAAAAAGGGGGACAAAACAUUUUUUAGAUACAUAAAUGAGAAAAGAAAAGUAAAACAAGGAUUAGUUAGAUUAAAAACAAAAGGAAGGUAUGUAGAAGAAGAUAAAGGUCUAGCUGACUGCCUCAAUGAAUAUUUUUGUUCGGUAUUUACAGAUGAAAGGGACCUCGGUUAAGAAAAAGGAUAAAUGAGUCAUUAAUUACACGUGAGUUUACAGAGGAAGAGGUUCUAUUUCAACUGUCAAAAGUAAAGACAAAUCAAUGGGACCUGAUGGAAAACACCCAAAACUAUUAAAAUAGCUUAGUGGUGUACUAGCAAAACCAUUAACAGAUUUAUUUAACCAAUCAUUGUUAACAGGAGUAGUCCCAGAAGAUUGGAAGUUAGCGAAUGUUGUGCCCAUUUACAAGAAAGGUAAUAGGGAGGAGUCGGGCAACUAUAGGCCAGUAAGCCUUACUUCAGUAGUGGGGAAAGUGAUGGAAACCAUGUUAAAGGAUAGGAUUGAUGAACAUCUAAAAACACAUGGAUUUCAAGAUCAGAGACAACAUGGGUUUACUUCAGGGAGAUCAUGCCAAACCAAUCUUAUUGAUUUUUUUGAUUGGGUAACUAAAAUUAUAGAUCAGGGUGGUGCAGUAGACAUUGCUUACCUAGAUUUCAGUAAGGCUUUUGACACUGUUGCACAUAGAAGGCUUAUCAAUAAACUGCAAUCUUUAAGUUUGGAUUCCAAUAUUGUUGAAUGGGUAAGGCAGUGGCUGAGUGACAGGCAACAGAGGGUUGUAGUUAAUGGAAUAUAUUCGAAGCUUGGACUUGUCACCAGUGGGGUACCUCGGGGAUCUGUACUUGGACCCAUUCUCUUUAAUGUUUUUACUACAGAUAUUGCAGAAGGUCUUGAUGGUAAGGUAUGUCUUUUUGCCGAUGAUACUAAGAUAUGUAACAGGGAUGAUGUUCCAGGAGGGAUAAGCCAAAUGGCAAGUGAUUUAGGUAAACUAGAAAGAUGGUCAAAAUUUUGGCAACUGACAUUUAAUAUGGAUAAGUGCAAGAUAAUGCAUCUUGGACGUAAAAACCCAAGGGCAGAGUACAGAAUAUUUGAUAAGAGUACAGAAUAUGUUCCUCAACAUCUGAGGAAAGGGAUUUAGGGGUGAUUAUUUCUGAUGACUUAAAGGUAGGCAGACAAUGUAAUAGAGCAGCAGGAAAUGCUAGCAGAAUGCUUGGUUGUAUAGGGAGAGGUAUUAGCAGUAGAAAGAGGGAAGUGUUCAUGCCAUUGUACAGAACACUGGUGAGACCUCACUUGGAGUAUUGUACGCAGUACUGGAGACCGUAUCUUCAGAAGGAUAUUAAUACCUUAGAGAGAGUUCAGAGAAGGGCUACUAAACUGGUUCAUGGAUUGCGGGAUAAAACUUACCAGGAAAGGUUAAAGGAUCUUAACAUGUAUAGCUUGGAGGAAAGAUAAGACAGGGGGGAUGUAAGGAAACCAAGUACAUUUAAACCUCAAUCGGUAGUUUCCUCCCGAACCACUAGAGCCCAGUGAAUAUAGCCCUCCGUUCGGUAGUUAUGGUAGACGAAUCCUAGUGUAGUUCCAAUAGUGUCACUGGAUAAUUCCCUCAGUAAAACACACGAAUUCCCAAACAUCAGUCGUAGUCAGAAGAAGGGUGCCAGGAUGAACUAAAGAUUUAUUGAUAGACACUCUUUUUAUGGGAUUCUGCCCAUGCAAGGGAGACUCCCCCAUAAUUAACAAUACAACCAAUCCUGACAAUAUACAUACUGUACAUCUCCUCCCCUCAGAUAAUCCAUUAACACAAUUAAAACGGAACACAUUUUCCCCAAAGUCUGGAUGUACCCCAAAUGGGGAGAGGGUAGUGGAUGCAUGGAAUAGCCUUCCAGCUGAAGUGGUAUGGAGCUUGUCUAGUGCCCUCUAUUGGUAGCAACAGCAAUAUGCACUACCUGAAUAGCAAGAUUGGUUCAUUUGCAUAUUCGGGUAGAUUUGCAUAUUGCUAAUUCUGCAGGCACGUGAGAUAUUGUCUCCCCCACCCCUUUAAAAAUGUGCCAUUGUGUUCUGAUAAGUCACUGUGUGUUGCCUGCUAUGGUUUGACUGUUUGUGAUUUUAUUGAGUUUUCACAGCAAUGUUAAUGUGGUGACCCUAUGGGCUGGUCCCAAGGGAAAUAAAGGUCUCUAAACGUAGCCUUGUCUCGUUAUUGGAGGGAGCUGGGGAUUGCUAUGCUCUGCAUACUCCCUUGAGCUUUUAAUCACUUAGCUCUUUUAAGAGCUGUUCCUGUUACACUCUCCUGGAGGAGAGGUCUUCCCCACACGGUCCUGGAGAACAGAAGCUGAUCCAGGGUGGACAGAAGACGGCGAGGCUCCAGUUAAGCUAUGGCGAUUGUGGAGUCUGCGGUGGUUGUGGUGUCCGGUGCGGUGCUUAUGGUCCUCGGCGCAAGCUAGGAAGCGUCCAUCAAUGGAGGGUACUCGGUCGGAGUACAGGGAAGCUCCAUUACAGCUGCUUCCUAGGAAUAUUCUACUUGUUCCUGAGUAUAUCUUGGAGUACCAGCGGAGGAGAGUUCCUGCUAGGACUAGCUCUCCGCUACAGUGGGUAUUGGGAUUUAGUUUCUCUGGAAAGGUGAUGGUGGUGGGUAUUGUGAUUUUGUGUUUCUGGGAAGGUACUGGUAGGCAGAUAUUUUUUUUAUUUAUAAAAUAUUUUACCAGGAAGGAUACAUUGAUAUUUCUCUCAUUUUCAAGUAUGUCCUGGGUCCACAAAACAUUGCAUUGUAGGAUACAAUAUUAAAAAAAUUCAAUAUUCAAACCAUAUAUACAUACAUACACACAUAUAUAAAUUUAAUACUGUGACGAGACCAAUCUCUCCACAUUGCAUUGGAGAAGCCUGGUUGCUCGCCUGUUGCCUUUGGAUUAUGGCCCCAUGUUAAAAGGCUUGAUUUUUCCCCUGCAAAGACAAGAAAGCCGGGUCAUUUGGUGCUUGCCCUGUUUGAGCAGUGAUACCCCAGAUAGCUAGGCUAUGGAGCCCAUUCGUAUAAUGAAAGACUAUGGGAAAGACUUUGGCUCCAUGGCAAUUGAACUGUAUGUGUGUGCUCUGAGCGCCAUUCAGUAAUAAUGUGCGCUCAGAUCUGAGCUAUCUGGGGAUAUGUUGCAUGUCUGUAUUUUAUGUCAUAAAUGUAUCCUUGUGUAUUUUAUUGUAUUUUACUGUCUUUUUGCUGCCAUGUGUUCAAUGGAGUUUUGCCUCUGUCUUUGGAGAUAAUUGGAUUACUUCUAAUUAUCUCCAGGAUAGAAGACUCUGUGGAACUGGUUUUGGGCAGAAAAGCCAUGCUUCCUUUGGUCACAAAGGACUACGAUCUAUCUUUUGAACCACUGGACCAAUUUGUAUGAUUUUGACGUAUGUUUGUAUUUGGAGUAUGCUGAUUCUGAAAAUGUAAUGUGAAUGUGAUGCAUACUUUUCAAGUUAUGAAUAAUGUGGAAAAAUUUUAUUUUUCUGCUUGUGCUAAAUUACAUUACCCAUUGUGUAAGGUAAUUGAAUCACAUGCAGAGGGGAGGAAUUUGUGUGGGAGUGUCUGAGUGUAUUGUAUGUGUUUAUUGGUUGUGUUCCAAAACCCUGUGGGUGGUUGUGACAGAACCAUCUGUCUGCUUGUAUUUUAGUUGCAUUCGUCUGUUUGUCUCCCGUUCGUAUGAAUGGCUGGUUUCUAUAGCCCAGCCAUUCGAAUUACUCUUUUUCCCGAACAAACCUGCCGAACGAACGGCCACCCAGGAGAGAAGUGUGCUGCUGGUUAAGCUAUUGAUCCCAACUAGAACGUUGUGGUUAACCGCAGACACUUCUCAAUUAAACCGAAUUCAGGGUGGUCGUCGUUCGUAUGUCGACCACGAGGCAGCAGCCAUUUUAAACCAAGCGAAAGCCCAGCGGUGUUUGGCUCUAUUUCUAUGGAACUAAAAACUGACACUUUUUCUGCUGAACACCGCUGAAACAACGGAACGCCUGGCUGCCUCCACGAAAGCAUACGAACACCAGCCGUUCGGGAGAUUUGGAGCAUACGAAAAGACUUAACCCAGAUACCCUUCCCAUGGAGUCAUUCGUAUAUCGAAAGACUGUAAGAACUUUGACUCCAUGGCGAUUGAACUAUGUGUGUGGGAUCUGAGCGCUAUUUGCUAAUAAUAUGCACUCAGAUCCAGGCUAUCUGGGGAUAUGUGAUACGAAUGGGAAAUGUUCGGUUUUUGUGAAGUUAUAUAUUUUUAUGUCUUUUAUGAUUUUAUAUUUAAGAUGGCGACUGGCUUUGUCCUGGAGUUAAUUGAGUUACUUGGUAAUUAACUCCAGGGCAGAGGGGAGGGAAUCAUAAUGCACUGUGGGUAAAAUCUGUAACUGUGUGUCUGGAAUGUCCCCAUAUCUGUCUGUCAUUUAAGUCUCCCAUUUGGUCCCCUAGGGGAGUGUCCACCAAGUGGGAGACCUGCAUAAAUACGGGCAGGUAGCCCACAGUAAAGCCAGAUCCUGUUUGACCCUCAAUGCGGAGCUUCUGUCUUGUUAUUGGGGGGAUUUCUUCUUCACGUUUAGAGACUGCUGGAUGGAACGGAAGCCGCUUGGUGAAUAUUGUUGUUCGGCGGCUAGCAGCAGUUCGUGUAUUGCCGUUCGGGAGUUUGGAGCCGUUCACGGAUCUCGGUCGGGAGAUUGCCGCUUCCCCUGCAUUUGGUUCGUAUACUACAGAUUAAGCGAACGGAGUUACUGUUACUGCAGACGGGGAAGGUCUACUAAACGGCGGUUUUGCCUGAAGACACUGGAGGUGUCUUAACAGUGGUACUAAUGUGUAAGAAUGUGUACAUAAGCACAAUAAACCCACAGCUCUGUCUGACCACUGCUUGACUCUCAACACGGAGCCUUGUCUCGUCUUUGGGGGGGAUUUUCUGAAUGCUGAUAGAGACUGAUUGCUAGGAGUGUAAGCCGCUUGGAUGCUUUUCCUAUUCGUCUGGUAGCAGCAAUUCGUAUGGUUCCUGUUCGUGUGUUUGGAGUGCUAUAUUGGAUGCCGUUUGGGAGUUUGGAGCAUUCACUUAUUGGCGGUUCGUGUGUUUGGUGUUCUGCAGUAGCUGUGCCUGCAUCUCUGGAAAGGGGGACGAUCACCUAAACGGUUUUUACCCCUUUUGUGCAAAACGGUCCGUUACAAAUACAUAACAGGUCAUAAAUAUAUUCAAUGACAGGUGCAUUCUGUGCGGAGAUAUAUUGCCAUAGAUCUCUUAAAAGAUUUUAGAUUGAAUGAUGAUUUGACUGUGUCCCUGAGGUUAUUCCAUAAUUGCGGUGCUCUGUAGGAUCGAGUCACUUUAUUUUUGUAUUGCGGUAUGCUAAAUAUCAUGCUAGUACUGGAUCGGAGGUUAUAGAAGGUGGGAACAGCUGGGGAGAGCAUUCUACUCAGGUAGAGUGGGAGCUUCCCAGAAAUGCUCUUAUGCACAAGGCUGGAAAGAUGAAGGGUGCGUCUUGAUUCCAGCGAUAGCCAGAGGCACUCAGUCGCGGUGCCAGGCGGUCCGCCAUAUCUGGUGGGAGCAGUGGGAUGGCUUCCUAGUGAGUAUAGAAGCAUCCUGGAGACACAGGUAUUGUUCUGGAUUUAUAAUUGAGGACAACGCUAGUACCCAUACAGCGUCCCUGUCUGUAGCAGUAUGGAACCAGCUAGCUCCCGGACAGCGUUCCUAUACGAUGAGGAGUUUCGCUGGAGGUUGCACCACCACCUGGCCCAACGGGAUGGGCCAGUAUCAGACGAGAACAUACUGGACUACAGAGAUGUAACUAGAAAGGAGCUUUGUCGGCAUGAUGAGAGCCUUCCCAGUGAGGAGCAGCAGUUACAGGUAAGAGUGGCGCUGCGGAUGCCUCUCCUGGGAGAGCAGCCCCUGGAUGAGUGGGUGACGAAGCACGAGAGACUGGUAUGGAAGGAACUGUGGCUGUGCCAGCCUGCUGCCCACAGACUAUGGACUUGGUGAAAUUAGAGUUCGUGCCUUUUUGGAUUUAUAUGGCCAUACUUCGAACAGCAGCAGCACUUCGAACUCUCGAACACCACUGGACUUCCAUCAUCGCUUGCGUUAGUUUCUAUACAACUUAGAAGGGCACUGUUCGGUGAAAUCAUUCAUUUGGAUGAGGGGAACAAGCUCCAGGGUAAGACUAUUGACUCUGUUCGGUAGUUUGUUUGUUUCCAAACUUCCGAACUAGACCGUCCGCAAACCCUGAUUCUUUGGAACUGUUUUGGGCAUGAGAUGAUGCCUGCGGUCGGUCAAAUAAAUAACUUCCAUAGAAUUCCUGAAUCCCUGAACUGAUCUGGGUGGUUUUGGGAUAUGUUGGUCACCCAUAUCAGGGCUAUCGGGGGAUGUAAUAUUUGUGGGGAUAUUAUGUGUUUUGGGGUACUUUUGGAACUUGAUAGAAAUGUCUGUUUUUUAUGCCUGGAGAUAAUUGGUUUCAUACAGUAUCUGACUCAAUUAUCUCCCAGGCAGAGGGGAGGAAUUGUGUGGGAGUGUCGUGCCGUGUAACCUUAUUAUCAUUGGUUUGUGACUUUGUGCUGCAGUCCCCCACAAGAUCCAGAGGGGAGUGCCCCUUGCAUGGGGACAUUCAUAUAAGGCCAGUUGUGGCUGCCAUUAAAGCAUUCCAGCUUGCACUCCAAAACUGUGCAUCGUCCUGUUAUUGGAGGGAAGGAAGUAUUAAUCCCUGUGUCUGCUGUUUCAGCUUGCAGGGGAUUCAACCGGGAAAGUCCUUGUAAGGCCAUGAGCUCCCAGGACUAAGUGUCGUCCAGUGCCUGGGGGUGUCUAGAGCGAAUUCCUCAUUCGGCUCCAGGAAGGAACGGUUCCAGGGCGCCAGUCAAGCCACGGCGACUGUGGGCAGAAGUGCUGCGGUUUGUCCCCAGUUCCAGCUAGGAAGCAGUCCUUGGCGGAGGUACCCAGCCAGGGGUACAGGGAACUCCGUCACAAUUACCAACACCUGCUCAGCUCAAUUCGGCCCCAAUAUACUCUGCAGGCCACCAUUUAGACCCCCGGCACGGCGUGUGGCAGUGGUAUGAUCAGAGGCGGCGAGGGAGCUCUAAUCUCCCCGCUCUGCUCCCUUGCGCGCCGUUUGCUGAUGUCAUAUUCUGGCUCCCAGCAUCAGUAGACAGCCCGCAAGGGAGCAGAGCGGGGAAAUUAGAGCUCCCUCGCCGCCUCUGAUCAUACCAUUGCCGCAUGCCUCCCAGCAGCCCUAGGGACAGAUCCAUUAUCCACACCAGCUCUCCAGUUAGGGAGUGUAGCAGAGAGCUGAUAUUCCACAGGUUAUCUCCACUCAAGAUCCCAGUGAGGCUCAGGAACAAAUAUUAAAAAUCCAUAAGGCAAUAAUUCCAGCAGGCAAGACAAUCCAAUAAUAUCCCAAUAUCAAUCACAAUGACUGGACAACACACAGCAUCAGGAGCAGAACUGAACUUUUAAUCACUCAACCUUCUUUUAAAGCUUUCUCCAAUGCAAGGGAGGGAUUUACAGUAAUUAUACAAUACACCAAUCAUACAUGAGUUGCCACCCACACAUCCCCCUCCCCUUAGUAUGACUCAUAAUCCCAUUAUGCAUUACACAGUUCCCCUGGUUUUCUGGAUGUACCCCUAAACAUAGGGGUACCCCUUUAAAUAUUACAUCCCCUGGUAGCCCUGAUCUCGGUGAGAAACAUAUUCAAAAAGAUCGGACCAGGGGUAAUAAAAAGACUGACCGCGCUGGAGUUAACAGCCGAAAGGGGUUCCAUACAUUUUGGCCUUGCAGUCGGUCACAGAAAAAGGGAAUAAAAUACACGAACGGUUUGGGUUAUGGAGACUGGGGAGGAUUCGGAUAAACCCCCUUGUUCGUGGGGUUCUUUCUACCAAACGGGGAGCCGUUCGGUAGUUCCUACUCGAAUUGACGGCAGUGUGGAGGUCUCAGCUGUGUUUGCCUAAUCGAGUGUCCGAUUUGGGCUCCAGACACUCGAUGGCAAAACACAGCUGUUCGGGAGUUUAAGAUGGCCGCCGCCACGUGUUCGUGUCCCGAAUGGCGGCCACCCAGAGGACAAAGCACACACUGCACUGAUUGCCAAUUACCCGUUUGCAACAUUGUUGCGAACAGUAAUUGGAGGCACACUUAUUCCUGGGGUGGUCUGAUUGUUCUGUAGUUUCACUCGCAUAAUAACUGGAGUGAUUUUACCGAACAAUCAGUCGAAUGCUGCAUACACUUUACAUACAUUUGGCAAAAAUUAACCAAACACAUACGAAUACCUAUAAUUCUGAGGACAGCCCAAUGCCAUCCGCUACAGGGAGACUGGGUGGAAAAUGCUUAUUUAUACAAAUAAUAAUUAGUGAAUGUAUGUGAUGUGUGUGUGUGUGAGUGUGUGUCUGUGAGUGAUUGUAUGAGUGUGUGUGCAUGUGAGUGGAUGAGUGUGUCUGUCACAUCAGUGAAUGUAUGUUUGUCAUUGAGUCUGUGUGUGACUAUCAGUGUGUCUGUCAAUGAGUGUCAAUCAGUGUGUGUCUGUCAGUGUGUGUGUGUGUGUGUGUGUGUCAAUGAAUGAGUGUGUCAGAUCAGUUAGUCUGUGUCUGUCAGUAACGUCUGUGUGUUUGUCAUUGAGUUUUUGACUGUCAGUGUGUAUAUACAACGGAGUGUAGCGUUGCAGAGCGGAGCGUGGUACAGGAGCUUUUGUUUCCUGUACCUGGCCAGACUGACAGUCCUCCUGUAGAGGAUCUGCUCUGCUUGGCAAUGCAACAAUAGAGGUAGGAGACACUAAAGAGGUGGGGGGAGCACCAAGGGACAGGGAGGGAAUGGGAGAGAAACACCAAGGGACAGGGAAAAGAGGGGGGAGGGGAGAAGAACACUAAGGGACAGGGAAGGAAGGGGACCACUAAUGGACAGAGAGGGGCUGGUUAAGAGGCACAUAGGUGAAGAAGUUUUUUUUUUUUUUCUUUUGGGGGGGGGGAAUGCAUCUUCGCCUAUGUACCCAAAAAUCCUUGUGGUACGCCCACAUGGACCUGAUGGUAGACUGAUUUGCAUCCUCACAGACCAAUAACAAUAAGGUUACAAGGCACAACACUCCCACACACAGCACACAAUCCCUCCCCUCUGCCUGGGAGAUAAUUGGAUAAGUAACUGUACUAAUUCCAAUCCAAUUAUCUCCAAGCACAGAAAAAACAUACGUUUUAGAACACCCAAAAAGUACACUAAAAAUACAUAAAACCCCACAAAUGUUACAUUUCCUGAUAGCCCUGAUCUGGGUGACCAACAUAUGUAGAAAUCACCCAGAUCAGUCUGGAGUACAAAAGUACAUACUUCAUAUAAACAGAACCUUUUAAAGUGCAUUGGGCAAGGUAUAUUGCAGGACUCAUAGUCCUGAGGCAAGAGGCUGGCCAGCAGGCCCCUCCAAGAACCCGUGACAAGGUUCAGUUCGUCACACUCCCCGUUCGAGCGAAGAGUGAGGGGCCCUCUAGACCUUGUCCAAAAACACUGGGAGGUGGCUGGGGAUCAGGAAGGGACCCCCAUCAUCACAUAUUUGUUGGAGUUUAGGGACUGGCUGCAGGAAUUCACCCAUCUGGUGCAGGAGAACCUCCAGGCGGCCCAGAGGCGCCAACGCACAUGGUAUAAUCGAGGCGUCAGGAGCUUUCAAGUCAGGCAGAAGGUUAUGAUUCUGAAACCUGUCCGACAUGAUAGACUACAGGCUGCCUGGCAGGGCCCAUACCGGGUGGUGGAACAGAAAUGUGACAAUACCUAUGUGAUCGGCCCGUGUUCGGGUACCGGAGUCUGACGCCUGUUGCAUGUCAAUAUGAACAUGCUACCACGAGCGGACUGAGGAUGUAGCAGCCAUAGAUAGAUUAUGAUAAUCCUGGAAGAGAUGGGUCAGGCAGGGUCCAUAGACGAGGUCCACUUAGGGGACCAGCUAACGGAAGGAGAACGCCGACAGGCACAGAAAAUGCUGUCGGCAAAGGAAGGAGACAUUCUCCAACCUGCCCGGAUAUACCCCACUAGCCACCCACCGGGCAGAGAUUCCCGACCAACAGCCCCGCGGCAAAACCCUACAGGGUACCAGAUGCUGUGCGGGGGAACAUGCUGCAGGAGAUCCAAGAGAUGCUCUGGCUAGGGGUCAUCGUACCGUCCCAGAGUUCUUGAGUCUCCCCAGUUGUGCUGGUCUCAAAAAGAGAUGGGACUACCAGCGUCUGUGUGGACUACAGGAGGCUCAAUGACAAGACUGUCUCAGAUGCGUUCCCCAUGCCCCAUAUAGAUGAGCUGCUAGAUAGGAUGGCUCGGGGACGGUACCUCACUACUAUAGACAUGUGCAAGGGGUACUGUCAGAUUCCCCUGGCAGCCGAUGUUCUCCCCAAGUUGACAUUUGACACCCCAUUUGUCUUGUACCAGUUCGGACUGGUCUUAGCACCAUGACUUUUUGCCCGAUCUGAAAGCUCCGGUACCUAGCCCGUCGGUCGUACCACACUUUCUGGUGCUGCUGGGCCGCCUGGAGAUUUUCCUGCACAGUCUGUGCCAAUUCCUCCAUGCGGUCCCGCAGCUCCAGCACGUAGGGUACAAUCGGGGUCUCCUCUAUAUCGAUCUGCCCUUCCCAGUGGUCAUUAAUAAGAUCUAGGGGUCCUCUCACCGGCCUCCCAUUUAGCAGUUCGAAGGGUGAGAACCUGGUUGAUUCCUGGGGCACAUCCUGCUAUGCAAAGAGGAGGUGUGGCAGGAAUCGCUCCCAAUCUUUAUAGGCACCUGUGAUCGACUUCAGCAUUUGCUUCAGCGUCCCGUUGAAGCGUUCACACAGCCCAUUGGUCUGGGGGUGGUAUGGGGAGCUGGUCAGGGAUUUAACUCUGCAGACUUUCCAUAUCUGUUGGGUCACCUCAGCCGUGAACUGUGUACCCUGGUGGGAUAAGAUCUCUUUGGGAAAUCCCACUCUGGAGAAAAUCUUGACCAGGGCAUCAGCCACCGCCUCAGCCUGGAUAUUCGAAAGGGCUACAGCUUCGGGGUAACGUGUGGCGGAAAUACACCACAGUAAGGAUAUAGCGCUUACCGGAGCGGCUAGGCUGGGCCCGGUGUCCUACAAGAUCUACGGCUACUCUCGUGAACGGUUCCUCUAUUAUGGGCCUAGAAACCAGUUUGGCUUUCGGGUGGUCCCCCUUCUUACCUAUUUUUUGACAUACUUCGCACGUCUGGCAAUACGCCCGGACGUCGUCUGAUACCCCAGGCCAAAAGAAGUUCUGGGUUACCCGAUAUAAUGUCCUGCGUAUUCCCAUGUGUCCUGCUAAUGGGACAUCGUGCCCAAUCCUCAAUAACUCCUGCCAGUAGUACCAGUACCUGUGGAAGUACCAGUUGGCGUUUUUGCCGGGGCCCAGGUGCGUUGACCCGGGUCUCGGUGAGCCUGUAUAAACGGCCCUUCUCCCAGAUGAACUGUUCCUUUUCUAACCCUCUGUGUCUCCCCUUAGCUUUUUCCCGGUACUUUCUGAGUGAGGGGUCUCCGACUACUUCCCUCACAAAGUCCUCCAGUGUAUCCCAGGGAAGGGGUGCUACCUGGGGUCAGGUUAGCUUACCUGGGUCUCCGUAAGAGGUGGAUAGCGGCACGACUUUGGGCCCUGGUGGUCACUGCUUGAGCCUCGUGAGGAGGUGUUGAGGCAAAGGCAGAAGUUAAGGGACCGAUGUCAUUGCCCAACACUACUUCGGAGGGUAAUUCCUUCAUCACUCCCACUUGGACAUUGCCAGCUCCAGCACCCCAAUCAAGGUGCACUUGCGCAGUAGGAAUCCAAUAAACUGCCCCGCCCCUGCCACUAUCACAGCAAAAGAUUUCCCUGGUCUUUCCGAAUUAUUAAUAAGGUGUCGUUGCACUAGGGUGAUGGUCGCACCACUGUCUCUCAGGCCCGUGCGGUCUUUCCGUUGACCAUGACCAGCUGACAAUGGUGUUUUCGAUUGUUCCUUAUGGUGGAUUGGACUAGGAGUGCUUCAUACAGAGUGCCCAAGGGUUCUUCACGACUCAGCUCCUUGGCGUCCCAGGCAGAGGGUGCCGGGUAAUCCACACAGUGGGUUGCUGCUAUGGGUUGAUGGAGACCAGGGCGAGUCCAAUCGGACCUGGGGGCAUCCAGUGGGCAAUUGUUCCGAAGAUGGCCCAAUUGUUUGCAUCGGAAGCAAUGGGGUUCAUUGCCAGGCUGCCGUGGGUAGCCAGGGUUGGAAGCUACCGGUCGGCUGGGGGGUUGAUACCUGGUCACUGGUGGGUUUGACGGUACCACUGGUCGAAGAGGUUGGACCGGUGGGGUGACCUGCGUGGUCUUGCGAGUAUCCGUGUACUUAUCCGCUAACUUGGCAGCUUCCGGUAAGGAUAGGGGUCUGCGGUCUCUCACCCAGUCUGUUGUGGUCAUAGAACUGUUCCAGGAGUAUUAAUUGUAGGAUGUCAUCCGCGGUGGUGGCUUGGCUACUGUUAACCCAAUUCGAUGCAGACAGUUGUAACUGGCAGGCCCAUUCUGCAUAGGAAUCCUUGUCCGUUUUGCGUAAGUCUCUGAAUUUUUGUCGGUAUGUCUCCGGGGUCACUGCGUCCCGAGCCAGGAGUGCCUCUUUAACCCUUGCAUAGGUGUGGAACUCCUGUUCUGGUACGGCCCGGAAAUCAUCGGCAGCUUUGCCUGACAAUUUCCCCGCCAAUAUUGCAACCCAUUCGUCCGUAGCCACUCUGUGUAGGUUACACUGUCGCUCGAAAUCCGCUAGGUAGCUAUCAAUCUCGCAGUCCUUCUCAUUAAAGGCUUGAAAGGCACUGAAAGGAAUCUUCCUUGUCUCUGCUGUGCUGUGCUCUCUGCUUGGGGAGCUUGCUGCUGCCCGCUGGGUUUCAGCCAGGUUCAUUUGCAGCUCUAUUUCCCUCUUCUGUUUCGCCUCUUCUGCUACUAUGUUCAUUGCCUGUAGCACAAUGUCAGCUGUUGAGUUCGGACCGAACCAUGCUAAUCUCUCCCAAAUCUCCCUGUUGGCUGGCGAUUCAUUCUCCCGAAUCGCCGGUGUCUCCAUCUCCUGAAUAGUUGGUGUUGCUGCAACCAAGUUCUCCUGGUCUAGCUCCAUUAACUCGGCAAUAAUCACCCGCUUGGUUUUGUUGCUAGCAAUCCUUCCAUGAACUUCCAACAGUUCCUUUAACGUGUUUCGUUUAAGCAGUGUAUACCAGCCUUCCAUUCACUGUCCCCAGUGUCUGCUUGGAUUCGUGGUGCAGGAAAAAAGGAAAAUCCCGCCGCUGUGCCAGUUGUGAUGGUAGUAAACUGUAUCACCAUCAAGCAUUCCCUUAUUCCCAUAAAAGAAAAUCACCAAGUAAUCCACAGGAAUAAAUAUCGCUGGUAUCGCCAAAUAAUCCAAACAUGAGCCAAAGCUUAAUGCUGGAACAAGACUGAUUUACUGGAAGCAACAGGCAUUCAAUGUAUACAAUAGCAGACUCCUCCUCUGAGCCAGGCUAGACAAUUGAGUUUCAGCAACAUACUAAACUCAAUUAUCUGCUGGCCAGAAAUAUAAUUUUUUUUAACAUUUUUAGAAAAGUACUUUCUGCCUAACAUACAAAUAUAACAAUCCGAUGGGUGGCUGAGGUUACUAGGAGUUACAGUUCCAAAUUUCACGAAAAUCCGUUUGGUAGUUUCCGUGUCGCAUCGUGUGGAAGUUUGACCGGCUCGGCAUGUGGUGGUAUCCAAUUCAGAGUUCCAUGAAAUCAGCAGCAAGAGCCGGUCUCCGUUCGCGCCUAAAUACACGAAAACUACCGUACGUAUGUUGCAGCUUGUUACAUGCGAAUGCUCCCCUUGUUCGGUAGAUUCAAACUCCCGAAUGCCGGUUUGAUACAUUGAGUGGAAAGUAGUCAGUCGGGACUUCCAUACUGACCGGCCGUUCGCGUGUUUGCGAUGCCGAAAACCGUUCCAGGAAAUUCACGCAUAAGUCCCGCUGACUGCAUUCAGGAGAUUUAAGAUGGCCGCCAUCCUUUGUUCUCGCCACGUGUUCGUAUGCCGAAUGGCGGCCACCUAGAAGCAUUCACUUAAGUUGCGGUUUCGUGUGAUUAUUACUCGAUGUUCCAAGUUCUAAUUUCUACCCAGGGUGGUCUCCGUUCGGCAGGACGAAUACAUUUUCCCGAACACAUAGUUAAACGAAACAUCUAAAAUUAGUCAAACAGCAGGGAGAGGAUAUAACCGAAAGAACACAGGGGAGUAUAGGAGAAUCCUUUACAGGUUACUCCCAAUACAAUAUCCUGUUAAGUGGAUUAUCCCUCCGUAGAGCAGAACUGACUUUUUACAUAAAAAUGCAUAACUUUAAUAUUAUACAUAGGAUUAUACCGAAUGACCGUUCGGUAGAUAGCUGGGGUCUGAGCGCACACUUUGUGAAAGUACUGCUCGGAUCCCAGCAUAAAUAACCGAACGCCGCACGAAACAUACUUUACUAUACAUUCUUCUAAAAAGUACCGAAUAUAUAAUGGGGAAUAAAAUACCGAAGGACUGGUGCUCCCGAACGGCCUGGAAGUCCAGCGGUGUUCGCACCGUCGAGUAGCCGAUUUUGGUUCCAGGCACUCGACGACCAAACACCGCUGGGCUAACAAAGGAUCCAAAAUGGCCGAUUGCCGCGUGGUCAGUAGCCGAACGACGGCCACCCGGGAAAGUAAUUAACCGCCAAUUGCUACACUGUUGCAAUCGGUUAAUGGGAGCCACACGACCCUAUGUGUGUGGGCUCCCAUUCGGUACUUUAUUCAUUUCACGAACAGUGAGUAAAGUCACUGUUCGUGAAACUACCAUAUGACUGCUAGCGGCUUUCGGCUGUUAGCAUAUGAAUGAUCUCAAUUACAGCAAUACCCGAAUACAUAUAUACACAGAAUAAAAACCGCUUUUGUCAGACAACCUUCAGAUUUUGAACAGUGCAACCUAAAGUGGCUAGGUUUGCCACAAUGCUCCCCCAGAACCAAGCCGGCAUAUACAGUCUGAUCCCAACGGAUCGGCUUGGGGAUGUCCGGAGGAGUACUCACAGAUCACUUUUCAAGUUCAGUUUUGUCUGGAUAACCCGUCGGUGUUACCAUUUAGCUUCCCUGAAUGGAAUAGUAAAGUCAAAAGGCUGCAGUGCCAAACUCCAGCGUAGCAGCCUGGCAUUGUCCCCAGCCACACGGUUCAGCCACACCAACGGGUUGUGAUCUGUGAGUAAGGAGAAAGGUUGUCCAUACAAAUAAGGCUGUAGCUUUUUGAGGGCCCACACCACGGCCAGGCAUUCUUUCUCAAUGAGGGCGUAGCUUACUUCACGGGGCAAUAACUUUCGGCUUAAGUAAGCUACGGGAUGUUCUCUGCCAUCUGCUCCAACUUGGCUCAGCACUGCUCCCAAUCCAAUCAUUGAAGCAUCUGUGUGGACAAGAAAUCGUUUAGUUGGAUCAGGAGCAACAAGUACAGGUGCAUUGGUUAAAGCAGUCUUGAGUUGUUGAAAUGCCUGAUCACACUCUGGGGCCCAGAUGACCUGUGGAGGAAGAUUUUUGCGGGUCAAGUCAGUCAGGGGUUUGGCCAGGGCACUGUAAUUGGUUACGAACUUUCGGUAGUACCCUGCGGUACUCAGGAAGGCUAACACUUGGGUUUUUGUCAUGGGGGUAGGCCACUUAGCUACCGCCUCUAUUAUGGCAGGUUCCGGUUUUUGCUGUCCACUCCCUACUCUGUGCCCCAGGUAUUGCACCUCUGCCAUCCCUAUAUGACACUUGCUGGGUUUUAGCGUCAAGCCUGCCUCUCCAAUACGGUCAAUGACCGCUCCAAUAUGUCGUAGCUGGUCUGACCACGUCUGGCUGUAUAUGGCCAUAUCGUCCAGGUAUGCACAUGCAUACUCUUGGAACCCGUCCAGUAGCCUAUCUGCCAUCCUUUGAAAGGUAGCCGGAGCGUUUUUCAUCCCGAAUGGCAUGACUCGAAACUGGUACUGGCCAAACGGGGUGACAAACGCUGACUUGGGGAUGGUGUCUUCAGCUAAAGGAAUCUGCCAGUACCCUUUGCAUAAGUCGAUCGUAGUGAGAUACUGGCCUUGUGCCAUCUUAUCUAGCAGCUCGUCUAUCCGGGGCAUCGGGUAGGCAUCAGACACUGUUUUGUCAUUUAGCAUCCGGUAGUCAACACAGAAUCGUGUUGUACCAUCCUUCUUGGGUACCAGCACUACCGGCGAUGCCCAGGGGCUAUCGAAAUGUUCAAUAACCCCUAGCUGCAACAUCUCCUCAAUUUCCUUCUGCAUAUGUUCCCGGACUGCUUCCGGGAUACGAUAUGGGGUUUGCCGCAUAGGUAGCUGUCCUGGGGUCUCUACUCAGUGAGUGGCUAGCGGGGUGUACCCUGGUAAACUGAAGAACGUGGCUCCCUUAGCCGCGAUUAAUUCUUGUACCUGGGCACGCUCCUGCGGGCUUAGCCGCUUCUCCAGCUGAACACCCGUGGAGGGCUCUGCCGGAUCUUCUCUCUCUAGUAAAUCAGGUAGCGGAAGAUUCUCCUGAUCUUCAGAGGCUGAGGUGCAUAUAGCUGUCACGUCCUCUAUCCUCUCAUGGUAGGGUUUGAACAUAUUCACGUGGAGCAUGCAUCGCUUGCCUGCCCCUGAGCAGGGGCAGAUUACAUAGGUGGUGUCACAUCUCUGUUCCACCACCUGGUAUGGGCCCUGCCAGACGGCCUGCAGCUUGUCAUUGCGAACCGGUUUUAAAAUCAAAACUUUCUGUCCUAUCUGAAAGCUGCGGUCCCUGGCUCCCCUAUCAUACCAUCGGCGCUGGCGUUGUUGGGCCGCCUGGAGGCACUAACCCAGACCGUACGGGGAAACCUCCAGCCGGCCCAACAACGCCAACGUCAGUCUCUGAACUCCAGCACAUUUGGUACAAUGUGCACUGCUUUCCCCUUCCCAAUUCUCUCUAAUUAAAUCUAGGGGUCCUUGCACCCGUCUCCCAAAUAGUAAUUUGAAGGGGGAAAACCCGGUAGACUCUUGGGGUACCUCUCUGUAUGCGAACAGCAGAUGGGGAAGGAAUCGCUCCCAGUCCUUAUGGGCCUCUCCAAACGUACAGAGCAUCUGCUUUAAGGUCCCAUUGAACUGGGAUACUGCUCCCCCUGCUACUCGUACUGCCACAGAUCUGCCGGUGUGCGCCGAGCCCGGAACCAAAUGAGGUGCUACCAGAGUCAGUCGCCCCCGAAUCUCUGAGCCCCUGGACUUCUUUCCCCUCCAAGGUUACUAUCUGGCGAUGGUGUUGCCUGUGGUCAGUGACUUGCACAGACAUCACAUCAUGUAGUAUUCCCAGGGGCUCUUCUGUGUGAUUGAACAAUAUUUCCUGGGUUGCUGGCUCUGCUUGGUAGUGGUGUGCGGCUGCUCGUGGUGCUGGGUUCGGUCGUACUUGGCUCCAUGCUUGACGGCUCCGGUUCUGUGUACACUCUCUCGCCAUGUGGCCCCAUUGCUUGCAGUUAUGGCACUGGAUGUUAGCUCGGCCAUUGUAUCGAGAGGGUGGAGUGUGUCCCCCAGUGGCUGGCUGGAAUGGGGUUGCUGGGGACGCGGUAGGGGUAGCUGUAGGAGGUUGGGUGGCAGGUCAAGGAUACCCUCUGUAGCGGAUGGCCUGUGACUGUCCGCCAGAAUUAUAUGUUAAAAGACUGUUCGCCUGUUUUAACUGAAUGUACAUUGAAAAUUGUAUCUAAGUUCGUAUGUUAGUUUGGUAGUUUCGUUCAUAGUUAUACGAAUGGAAACUACCAAUGCAUAGACCACCUUAGACACGAAGUGUGUCCCUAGUUAAACCCUUAUUCCCUUUUUAACCGCAGCUAAUUGAGGUUUUAUUGCUGUAUCUGGGUGGCCGCCAUUCAGUAGACGAACACGUGGCAGCGGCCAUCUUACGCACGAACUCUCAGCGGUGUUUGGUCGUCGAGUGUCUGGAACCCAAAUCGGACACUCGAUUGCGCGAACACCGCUGAGACCUCCAGAGCUCACGAACGGAGGGGCUAAUCGACUCCUCGUUCGGUGAGUUCAAUUAACUCCCGAACCCCUGGUCUGAUCUGGGUGAAUUUUGAGUAUGUUGGUCACCCAGACCAGAGCUACCAGGGGAUGCCACUUAGGUCCUGGUACCCCACGGUUUUGGGGUACAUCCAAGAAACAGGGGAAAAGGUGCCAGGAUUAAGUGGAUUAAGUGUCACUCUGAGGGGAGGGAAAGUAGGGGAGGGAACCUCUGUAUCAUUGGUUACUGUUUUAAUUACUGUAAAUCCCUCCCUUGCACGGGAGAAUCCUUUAUAAGGAGCUGCUGUGAAUAAAUCUUUAGUUCUGCUCCUGAUGCUGCGUGUCGUCCAGUCAUUGGGAUUGCGUUUGGAUAUUGUUGGAGACUUUUUGCCUGCUGGAAUUAUUACUCUGUGGAUUUAUUAUACUUGUUCCUGAGCCUUACUGGGAUCUAAAGUGGAGAUAGGCUAUGCCAUACUAGCUCUCCGCUACAUUGGUUGGUAGCGCUGGGAUCCAGACUCACAAGGGAACAAGGACUAAUGGAAUACGGAUGGAGAGUGAUUAUGCGAACCUGAAAAGAUCCACGCUAAAAGACCUCCUAGAAGGAAAAAGGUAUUGCAGCAAGCAACAAAAGAAAAGCAACCCUCAUUGCAGAGGUGAUGGCAGAAUACCAGAUUGAGGACAGGGUAAUCCCUGAGCAGCAGAGUUCAGCAGAUGGAUCUGAACAAGAGGAGUUCCAGAGACAGCUGCAGUUUAGGCUGUCCUUUUAUGGAGAGAAUCCAACGGCGGAUAUUAUAUCCAGGACAAUGAAAGAGGUGCAGGAGUUUAUACUACACCAAAGUACUACUACAAAAUGUGGAGAGGAAUGCAACCACAACUACCAUCACACAGGGUAAGGCAAAAAUACCGUACCAAGCAUUUAAAACAUAUGUAGAGGCAGAGGAGGACAUAGAUGCUUUUCUCCAAGAUUUUGAGAGACUGUGUGCACUGCAUAAUAUUAGUCCAGAGGAGUGGGUACCUAUUUUGGCAGGGAAGCUCACUGGAAAGGCUGUUGAGGCGUAUAGAACUGUACCAGAUGAGGAAAUUCGGGAUUACCACAGGGUAAAAGAGGUGAUCCUGGCCCGGUAUGCCAUCACGCCAGAGGCAUAUCGGAGAAGAUUUCGAGAGUUAAAAAGAAAUGACAAGGACUCUCGUGUGGAAUGCGCCUGCAAGCUACAUCGGGCCGCUCUUGGAUGGGUACAGUCCAAUAAAGCUCGGUCCAUGGAGGACUUGUUACAAAUGUUGCUAUUGGAGCAAUUCUAUGAGGGCAUCCAGAAUGAUAUACAGGAAUGGGUGAGAGACCGCAAUCAGACGUCCCUCACAGAAGCCGCUAAAAAGGCGGAUGAGUACUUGGAUGCCCGCAGACAACAAAAACCGGCCCCCAGCAAGACAGUUAUCUGACCCAUAGGGGGCAACAGCCCAUAUCCCAACAUCACACCGCCACCACGACAACUACCUCCUUACCCACCCGCUAGUGUACAACAGAAACUUCAACCAACUAGCUCUGUACAGUGCCACCAUUGCCAACGCUGGGGACAUUAUAAGCGAGAAUGCCCACAGCUAAAAGAUCGCUCCACCUGGAUUAGGCCCGGGCUACCUCCACAACCUCGACAGUCGUCCCACUGCUACCAAGCAGAGGCAACAAAUCCCUAUGUCACAGCAAUUCCCAUAAACACAGUGGAACAAUGGGAAGUGUUACAUGAAGCAGAUCCUGUACAAGCUAAUGCAAACAACCGCCAACAUCAUAGACAGACAGUAUACUUGGAGGGGAAAGCAGUCCAGGGUCUUCGCGAUUCAGGGGCCACCAUCACACUGGUGAAAAGUCACUUGGUACCUGAGCAGGCAAAGACCAGCAGAACAGUAGCUGUCAGGGUAGCCGGGGGAGCGGUAUACCGGCUACCCACCGCUCGGGUACAUUUGCAUUGGGGAGCAGGGUUUGGGAAUGUGGAUGUGGGGUUGAUGCCCCAACUGCCGGCGGAGGUUUUGUUGGGGAACGAUCUGGGCAAACUGACUUCUGCCUUUGAACCCCAGGCCCCAACAACAGGAGAGGCACACCCAGUGGUUAUGCGACAACAGGCCCGCACCCAGGACUACAACACACUCCCGGAGGUCCAGGUAAGAGAUCCUUACCCUACCUUAGAGUGUAUCCCCGGGCCCCUCCUACUGAAUUUGCGGCCGAAGUAGUCACUGACCCCACCUUACAGGUGUAUAGAGACAAAGUCACCUCAGACCAACCGGGAGGGGAGGGCGAAAGAUUUGUAUGGGAUAACCAGUUGCUGUAUAGGGAGUUUGACAAACAGGUAGCAGGGUCAGACCCUAUUGUGGUGAGGCAGCUAGUGGUACCCCAACGUUACCGAGCAGAAUUACUCCAGUAGCACACGAUAUUCCGCUAUCCGGACAUUUAGGGGUCAGUCGCACCCAGCACCAAUUGACCCAAAGUUUCUUUUGGCCGGGAGUUAGUUAGGAAGUCCGCAGAUACAACACGUGUGACACGUGUCAAAGAGUAGGAAAGAGAGGGGACCGGCGGAAGGCAAAAUUGCACCCGCUAACCAUAAUCGAGGAACCGUUCAGCGGAGUAGCGGUAGAUUUAAUAGGACCCCUGCAAAGACCUAGCCCCUCUGGGAAAAAAUAUAUUUUAACGGUAGUGGAUUAUGCCACCCGAUAUCCAGAGGCGAUUGCCCUGACUAAUAUACAUGCAGAGACCAUGGCUGAGGCCCUGAUGCAGAUUUUCACUCGGAUGGGAUUACCCAGAGAGAUCAUCUCGGAUCAGGGCACCCAGUUCAUUGCGGAAGUCACCCAAAGCCUCUGGAAAUUUUGUGACAUCAAACCAAUCAUUAGCCCAGACCAAUGGGCUAUGCAAAAGUUCGACGGGACCUUGAAGACACCCAUAGGGGCUGGGAACGGUUCCUGCCCCAUCUCCUGUUUGCAGACAGGGAGGUGCCGCAGGAAUCGACCGGGUUCUCCCCAUUUGAGUUGCUGUUUGGGCGGAGAGUAAGAGGACCCCUUGACCUGAUCAGGGAACACUGGGAGGGAGACCGGAGCGCAGACGGUACCCCCAUCAUACCAUAUGUGCUGGCGUUUCGAGAGCGUCUGGAAGCAUUGACAAAAUCAGUACGAGAGAACCUCCAGACGGCUCAAACGUGCCAGCGCACAUGGUAUGAUAGGGGCGCCAGGGACCGCAGCUUUCAGGUUGGGCAGAAGGUUCUAAUUUUGAAACCGGUCCGACAUAAUAAGCUGCAGGCCUCCUGGCAGGGCCCAUAUAAAGUGAUGGAGCAAAGAUGCGACACCACGUAUAUAAUUGGCGCCUGCGCAGGGACUGGAGGGCGACGCAUGAUCCAUGUGAACAUGAUGGAGCCCUACCGAGAACGUUAAGAGGAAGUAACCGCCAUUUGUGCUCCUUCCAAUGAAGAGUUCGGCAACCUGCCCCUCCCAGAUCUACUGGGGGACAGUAGACUGUCCGGGGAUUUGGGCGAAGUUACUCUGGGAGAUCGGCUGAGCCCACAGGAGCGUACAGAGGUACAACUUCCCAUGCGCCAAACGCCUUACCGCAUCCCUGAAGCGGUGAAGGAAACCCAGCAAGUGCCAUCUAGGGAUGGCAGAGGUGCAGUAGCUAGGACACAGGGUCAGGUGUGGGUCCCAGAAGCCAGAGGCAGCCAAGAUAGGGGCAGUAGCUAACUGGCUCCAUCCCUGCACUAAGGUCCAGGUUAUUCCUAAGGACUGUCAGUUAUUACAGGAAGUAUGUCCCCAACUACAGCGCCCUAGCAAAGCCUCUCACUGACUUGACCCGAAAGACCGUGCCCCGACAGGUAGACAAAGCCCCAGGGUGUGAGUGGGCAUUCCAAGCCCUUAUGGACACCUUGGUAAAGGCCCCUGUCCUGGCUGCUCCUAAUUCCAGAAAACGUUUUCUUGUUCAUACAGAUGCCUCCAUGUUUUGGGUUAGGAGCGGUACUCAGCCAGGUCGGCGACUGUUAAGACACCUCCAGUGUCUUUAGGCAAAACCGCUGUUUAGUGGACCUUCCCCGUCUGCAAUAUCAGUAACUCCGUUCGCCUAACCUGUAGUGCACGAACCAAAUGCAGGGGAAGCGGCAAUCUCCCGACCGUGAUCCGUGAACGGCUCCAAACUCCCGAACGGAAAUCCACGAACUGCUGCUAGCCGCCGAACAAUAACAUCCACCAAACGGCUUGCGUUUCCAUCCAGCAGUCUCUAAACAUGAAGAAUAAAUCCCCCCAAUAACAAGACAGAAGCUCCGCAUUGAGGGUCAAACAGGAUCUGGCUUUACUGUGGGCUACCUGCCCAUAUUUAUGCAGGUCUCCCACUUGGUGGACACUCCCCUAGGGGACCAAAUGGGAGACUUAAGUGACACAGAUAUGUGGACAUUCCAGACACAUAGACACAGCUUUUACCCACAAUGCACUAUGAUUCCCUCCCCUCUGCCCUGGAGAUAAUUAACAAGUAACUCAAUUAUCUCCAGGACAAAGCCAGUCGCCAUUAAAUAUAAAAUCAUAAAAGACAAAAAAAUGCAUAACUGUAAAAUAACCGAACAUUUCCCAUUCGUAUCACAUAUCCCCAGAUAGCCUGGAUCUGAGUGCAUAUUAUUAGUGAAUAGCGCUCAGAUCCCACACACAUAGUUCAAUCGCCAUGGAGUCAAAGUUCUUACAGUCUUUCGGUAUACGAAUGACUCCAUGGGAAGGCUAUCUGGGUUAAGUCCUUUCGUAUGCUUCAAAUCUCCCGAACGGCCGGUAUUCGUAUGCUUUCGUGGAGGCAGCCAGGCGUUCCGUUGUUUCAGCGGUGUUCGGCAGAAAAAGUGUCCGUUUUUAGUUCCAUAGAAAUAGAGCCAAACACCGCUGGGCUUUCGCGUGGUUUAAAAUGGCCGCUGCCUCGUGGUCGACAUACGAACGACGACCACCCUGAAUUCGGUUUAAUUGAGAAGUGUCUGCGGUUAACCACAACGUUCUAAUUGGGAUCAAUAGGUUAACCAGCAGCACACUUCUCUCUUGGGUGGCUGUCCGUUCGGUAGGUUUGUUUGGGAAAAACAGUCAUUCGUAUGGCUGGGCUAUAGAACAGCCAUUGACACGAACGGGGGCAGAAAUAGACGAAUCCACCUGAAAUAAGCAGACAGAUGGUUCUGUCACAGCGACAAUGGUGGUUAACACCACGUGGCUUACCUCAGCAGGAAGUUACUACCCAGGGAUGUAAGCUACGCCGCCAUCGAAGAAUGCCUGGCGGUGAUGUGGGCACUCAAAAAACUACAGCCCUACCUCUAUGGACAGCAAUUCACCCUGCUCACUUAUCAGAACCAGCUGGUAUGGAUUAACUGGGUCUCUGGGGCCAAUACCAGGCUGUUGCAAUGGAGCUUGGCGCUACAACCAUAUUACUUUACCAUCCACUAUAGACCCGGUAAGCAAAACGGCAAUGCCGACAGACUAUCAAGACAGACAGCCCUGGAGAAGUGAUCCGUGAGCACUCCCCCUGGUUCGCGAAUUGCUGUAUUAUAGUCUGUGUUUCCCCGUUAUUUUCGUAUACAUGUGUCUGCUCCCCGUUUGGGAGGUCUUUCACGUAGGGAAUGCAUUCACUUCCCGAAAGUGGACCACCCCGACUUCUCAUUUAGAAUGUUGAUUCCCGAAUGAGGACCUCCCCAGUGCCCAUUGGAGUGUUCACACCAACCAAUUAGAACGUUGGCAACUUGCAAUAUAAGUGUGAAACCACAAGGGAAGUAAUUAAUUAAUGCUUCCCUGGGUGGCCACCGUUCGUAUAGAUGAGCGGCGGCCAGGGGGAGCAUUCGUGUCCCGAACGGAGAUGCUUCCCUUGCCUAGUUUCACCCAGGGCCCCCGUGAAUGGAGGCUGUUUGUGGCAGUCACCAGUUUGGGGGGUCCCUGAGAUUGGUGGGGACACUCCUUGAGGACAAUGGUGGUUUGGCGGGCUUUCUGUAGCUGCAAGUCAAAAAGGCAGGAAGCUUUCCCGUGCUAGGGCUCCCAGGUACAGAGGCUGGAUGUUGGAAAUCCUGAGGCUGGGUGGCGGGAACAGGGUACAAAGUGACUGGAGUUCCGUUUCCGUCAGGAGCCCCUUGGAGGAGACACGGAGUGGCGGGAACAGGGAACAAGGGGACCCCUGGGAGGGGGAGGACCUUCGGAGGAGAUAUUGUCUUUAUGUGUGAUCCACCCCUUGCAUGGGGAAAAGUAUAAAGCCGAGUGUGGACAAUAAAGUUGUUGUUGUACCCCCAGGACUGUGUCGUCCAGUUACUGGGUGGGAAAUGGGUCUUUCUGUAUUAUAAAUGAUUCCCUUCCAGGGAAAGACAUGGCUGAGCAGGGACAACCAAUCGGGUUGCUAGGAGUGUAGAUUUUGGAUCCCAUUGGCAGAAUGCAUUUUUUAAAUUGAGUUUAACAAUUUGUGCUGCCUCCCUCAAUCUAAACCACAGCUAAUCGAUGAUUUAUUCAGAGUCAAUGAGGUAGGUUCAUUGAUGCUGAAUGUAACGGACUGUUUUGCACACAAGGGGUAAAAACCAUUUGGGCGAUCGUCCCCCUUUCCAGAGAUGCAGGCACAGCUAUUGUAAAACACCAAACUCACGAAGACGAGACAAGGCUCCGUGUUGAGGGUCAAGCAGUGGUCUGUUUAAUGAGGGCUACCUGCCCAGUAUUUAUGCAGGUCUCCCACCUGGUGGACACUCCCCUAGGGGACCAAAUGGGAGACUGUAACAAAGGACAGACAAGUAGACAAAUAGGACACACAGUCACAAUAUAUUCCCACAAUGCAUCCUGGCUUCCUCCCCUCUGCCUUGGAGAUAAUUUAGAAGUAAUCCAAUUAUCUCCCAAGACAAAGGCAAAUCGCCAUUAUGCACGUGGGGAUACUAACACACGAAUUACUGUUAAAAUACACUAUGUGAGACACAUAACAUUAAAAGCAUACAUUUAACAUAUCCCCAGAUAGCUCAGGUCUGAGCGCACAUUAUUAAGCGAAUGGCGCUCAGACAACACGAAUACAGUUUAAUCGCCAUGGAGCUAAAGUCUUUACACAGUCAGUUUCAUGCGAAUGGGCUCCAUGGGAUUCCUAUCUGGGGUAUAACACAUUGAAACAAAACUACCGAACACCGGGCCGUUCGUGCACUUUCACCGAACAAGAAGGGAGGUCGGCGGCUUCAGCGGUGUUCGCCCAAAACUGUGUCCGAUUUCAGUUCCAUGAAUUAAGCGUCGAACACCGCUGUGCAUUUGCAUGUUUAAAAUGGCCGUGACCUUGUGUUUGUGAUACGAAUGGCGGUAACCGCAGCUUCAGGGAGGCUAAUUGCCGGCACACUCCAGCUCCCAGGUGGUCCAGUCAUUGGUGCGGUUGUUCGGUAGAUUGAAUCUACCGAACACCAGGCAGAAAAGAACGAAUAAAUCUUUUCUGCUGUUAAAAAAGAUGUCUUUUAACAUGGGGCCAUAGUCUAAAGGCAACAGGCGAGCAACCAGGCUUCUCCAAUGCAAUGUGGCGAGAUUGCUCUCAUCACACUGAAUAAAAACAAUAAAAGUGUCAACAGAGUCAAUGCAAAGAAUGUUUGAUGUAAAUUAAACAGAACAAAGGUUUUAAGGCAAUCUACUAAUGGGCAGUUUAGGGGUAUAUCGUUAAUUACCAAUCGAAUAUUGACAAUGUUUAACAGACAGUAUGGGCAAUCAUUGCUCUAAAACUUAUCUAAGGGGCACUACUAGGUGGAGUCUUCUUAGAAUAGGAGGGGAGAUAAGAUGGUCAUGUGCAAAGAAUAGACGCCAUACACAACUUCCCUGAAAUUUACAAGGUUGCUUGUCUGAAGACUUAUGAAUUAGCUAAACAGAAAUUAAUACUUUCAUCCACAUUGGGUAAGAAUGGAAUUUAUGGACCGUGAAUGGUUGUAGAGAGAGGACAGAGCUUUCCAUGCUGCAAACUCUGCCUCAUUCCUACUUGGAUGGUAUUAAUCCUCUCUCUUCCUUUAGGAUGAUGCUACUGAAUUACCUAGCUACUACAGGAAACGACUCACCGCUUUGUGCCGCUGUCUGCAUAUCCUCUCCCUGGAACGUGUUUGUGUCAACUCAGUCUCUGGAGCAACCUUUAAAUUACUUUCUCUUUAACAGCACCUUGACCGGGGGACUCAAAAAAACUGUGAGAAAGUGUGUGAGCCAAAUUAUACUACAUAUAGUAUAUAUUAGUAUAUAG